AUGUUUGAAGAAGAAAAACCUAUUAUUGUUCCUAAACAUGAUUCAUUUGGAUUAAGAAAUGCUAGUAAUAAUAGAAUUGUUAUUAAACAAGGAAAAGUAACAAUUAAUAUUGUUAUAUAAUUAUUUUAUUUUUUAAAUUUUAAUGAAAUUAUGUAUAUUAUGUGUUUUGGGGUUAUAUUUUCUUUAGAUGACUCAAAUUUAUGAAGGUCCUAUUGUAAGAGGUUGUUAUCAUGGGCAAGGACUUAUAAUAUGGAUAAAAGGAAACCAAAAGCAAACAUAUGAAGGACAUUUUUAUGUCAAUCGAUUACAUGGUUAUGGUCGCAUGACAUAUGAAAAUGGAAUAAUUUUUGAGGUAAUACAUAAUAAUAUAAUAAUUGUGAUAUAGUAUUUACGCUGUUUUUCAAUUAAUUCUAGGGCUUGUAUAAAAAUAAUGUACGUUUUGGACCAGGUGUGAUAACACAUCCUAAUGAGCACCAAGAAGUAGGUUUCUGGUUAGGAGAUCAUCUUUUACGUUUAAGUUGUUAUUUAACAAAACAUUUAGUACCAUCAUAUGAUACACCUGAUAUCUAUACUAAAAUAAAAUUAUUACAAUUCAAACACCUCAUUGAUCUUACUCGAGUUAGUAAAAUUAUUUUCAAAUGAAAAUAUAAUAUAAUUAGGUAAACAUUUAUUUUAAUUUUAGCCACCUCACUGUGUCAUAAAUGUACGGGAUGACUAUGAAAAUAACUUGAACAAUAGUCACUCGUUUCCUUACACACGACAUUUAAAUAGUUUAUUUUUUCAAAGACAAGCAUUUGAUUUUAAAUUUGAGUCAACUGAGUCAAGGUCAAUGAAGUCAAAAUUAAUUGAUGAAAAUCGAUUUGUGUGUGGCCAUAAUUUAGAAGAUUUAAUAUUGAAGAAUUAUCUAGUAAUACAUAAUUGAAUAAAUAAUGAAAUCUUAUAAUUUUGUUUAUUUUAUAGUGUAACUAUGAAAUAUCUACAGGCAAAUAUUAUUUAUAUACAACAAUAUUUUUAACUGUUGGAUGCACAGUGUUUAAGUAGAUUAUCAUACAUUUCAGUAGAUAAUCUUAUAGUCUACUAAUGAGCUAACAUGAACGGUACUUCUCAACCAAAGGUUAUUUUAAAUCUAAUCCUGUUCAACGAUUUUUCCCUCUUACCUAUCCGAUAUAGUUAUGCAUAACAAAUCAAUUUUUACUUUUUAUUUUAAGUUUACUCAUUGUCUUAUUAGCUCAUUAUGUAGUCUCCUACACCCUAACUUAAAACUUGCACACAUCUAUCGAAAAAAAUGUUAUGUGGAACACUACAUAUUGCGCAGCCCAACAACGGAAUAAUAUGUUUGGCUGAUGGAUUCGUGCGCGUUUAAAGUGAGGGUGCAGGACAUAGAAGUAGUUAGGCGGGGACUAGGGGGUACUUGAAAUCCUCAAAUAUUUGUUUAGUUAAUAACUUAAUUAUUAAUUAUGCAGUCAUACUAUUGUAUUCAUUUUUUUUCACCAUUAAAUAUUAAAAAAUAUUUAAUAAAUCAAUUAAAAAUUAAAAAUAUUGAUAUCCCGAGUUACUUAUUAAUAGGAUUCAGGACUUUCAACAAUGACAUACUUUUGUUAUUUAUUGUAUAAUACAGUAAUGUAGAUAUAUAACAAAUUCAUUUCUCAUUGUAUUGAUAUCAAAUCUGAAAUUUGAAUGUACAUAUUUUUGAAUAUUUCAUUCAUAGGUAGUUUUUGUAGUAUUGUUAAUUUUUUCGAUUUUGUUUUUAUUUUUCGUCUAUUUUGACAAAUUUUAAACAAAAAUUAUAUACAUUUUAACCGAUCAGUAAAAUUAAACGAAGCACCCUAUCAAAUAAAACAAAAAAAUAUUAAUGCAAUUAUAUGUUUGUGUUGUCUAAAAAUCACAGAUCGUUUUGAUUUCUGCGUAGGUAUAAAUACGAUGGUCCUUAUAUAGUAAUACCUACUUGAAUAAUAAAUAAUAAUUAGAGACUGGAUUUUUAGUCUUUUAUAGUUCACAAAAAGGCACUUAAAAACACGAAAAAAGCCUGAAUAAAAACACUUGAAAAUAUUUAAAAAAGUAAAAAUGAUAAAGGGGUUUUAAAGUCCCCUUCUGAUGACUGUUAUUACAUUAAAUUUCCUAACAUUGCAAAAAUGAUUGACACAAAUUUUCUUUUAAAGAAAAUCAUAUGUAUAUUAUAAAAAAAAUUACUUUUUAUUAAUCAUUUUUGUGGUGUUGGAAAAUUGUAUUUAUAAACUAAAUCCGUUAGAGAGGGGGCUAUUAAACCCCUGAAUUAUUUUUUUGUUUUUAUAUAUUUGUUAUGUGGUUUUUUCAAGGCAUUUUGUAGUUUUCAAGAACUUUUUUGUGGAUUUUAAGAACAUAUAAAUCCGGCAUUUAUUAAUAAGUAAUACCUACAUAUUUGUCGAUUUUUCUAUGCUUAUUAUCAUGUUUUAAUAUACUAUAAUUUCCAAACCCUGCUUAUUAGUUAAUCUUUUGUAUUUAUAAUAAUGUACAGUGGCGUGCAUUUAAUCUUGCUCUUGGAGGGGGGGGGGUUAGAAAAAUAAGGAACAUUUUUUUCCUAAUCAAAUACAUACAGGGCACCGGGUUUCCCAAUUCUAUAUAAUACCCAGCCCCAUCAACUUGCUAUUAUAGGUAUACCUAGUAUUUAGCUAAAAUUAUAGUCAUGGUGUAGGAUAUAAUCAUGGGUAUCUAUAUAUUUUAAAGUUCACAUCAAACACUAGAUUGGUAAUUAGAAUUUCUUUAUUAUAUCUGUCGCUUCAUUUUUGCAUAUCAGUGAGUAGUAUUUCAAUUAAGUUUUUCUCCUAGACUUCUGUUUUCUUAGCUGUUGCCCAUUGCUGCUACGUCUCUUCUCAAAUCUGAAGAAGCAAUCCCACUCAAAAUUUGUAUUGAUAUAACUUAUACCUUAUAUACAGUAUACUAAUGUUUAAUAGACAAGCCUUCCUUAUAUUGCGUUCACUAUGAUCUGUGGUCAAACAUAAGACAUCGAUGCAGCAAAACUUGACAUUAGGCGCACCACUCCGUUCAAUUAAUAUUGUGUUGGAAUCAAGAAAUAAUAACAUUGCAUAUUAUUAAGCAAUUUUUGACAUUUGGUCUGAUUAGUCAUCUAUUGAUCUAUUCGUCUAUUCGAUGUUUUCAAACUUAUUAUUAUUUUUUUAUUACUUUAUUUUGAUUGCAUCUACAUGUUGAUCAGUUCCGAUAACUGGAAUAAACUACACAAAUUAUAAUCCAUUGUUAAAUAUCUAGCGAAACCGCAGCCAAGGAACCGUCUGGGAAUAAUUUCUUGGUCAGUUCUCGGCGGUUUCCUAGAGAACCCGGGAAGAGUGCUUUCCUCCUCGGGCUUUUUAGAUGGUACGGGCCUCUUCGUGGCGCUGGAUAUUAGUAGUGCCGUGGAUUAAUCCUGGUGCGAAGCCAACAUGUAAAAAUUCUCAUUAGGCGGGUGAUUGUCGGAACUUCACCACCGAGGUUGUAUCCGUCGAGAGAUCGAGACUACGGACUCGCCUCUCCAUAUGAUCGUUCGGGGGUCCUCUUGCGUUUCGACCGUUAGGUCGCAGCGUUAGAUGUUCCCGGGCGGCCCACUUUCCUCUGCAACGGAGAUUGUGUUAUUACGCGCGUGUCGGUAAACUCCCGACUGCCUCCGGUGCGGACUGAUAAUCCGUUUCGUCGGUGGCCGGGUGUCGGGAUAUGUCCAACUUUUGAUUUACAUGAAAAGUCGUUCGGGUGGUUUUCGGAGCCCGGCGUCGACUGGCAUUCUCGGCGCCGAACGGAGACCCGAGUGUCGGCCAAGGUUUCGUGUCGUGGUCGGUGCUUUGCGGUUGAAUUCGAACGGGCUUAUGAGUUUCGUUGGGUAGUGGUUAAAUUGCCUGGGGCUACCCACUCGACGACCCAACCCGUAAUCAGGCGGUAUGUGAAAUGGGUAGUGAUCGGUGGGACCACGCUCUGAUGCGUUGAUACGCCCUGAUCACUCUGGGUCUUUCGAAUUGCUACUUAGCUAAUAUAAGGUACCCGGUUGUACCAUGUUUUAGACACGGAUUAAAAAUUGGGUCCGCUGUUAUUAUUAAAUAUUACAAAAUGGAAAUGGAAUUUCUAACAAAGUAGCAACAAUUCACUAACUUAUUAACGUUGUUUAACAAGUAACCAUAGUAACUUAACUUAGUUCUAAAAGCAUUAAGCAAUAGAUUCUACCCAAAGAUGGCUGCCGGCUAUAUGGCUUCUAUACAAUAAUCAGAUAACAUGAUAUUAACAGACAACAGAGGUGUUUAGGAUUUUCUUGAAGAGGGGGAUAUGAAAUAAUUUUUUUGUGCUAUUGCUACCUUUUAAUAGCAGUUAUUCCAUGUAAAGCAUUUUAUAACAAUGAAAACGAUUAGAAAUGAUUUAAUAAUAUUAUUUAUUUUAAAAUCAACGAAUUCCUUAUCAUCACCAGUCGCAAGCAAUGUUGAAUCCAGGUAUAUGUCAAGGGGACUAUACCCCCUGGAAUUUUGUUUGUCUUCCCUGUUAAAUAUAGGUGAAUUAAUAAUUAAUUAAAUAAUUAAACAAAUUUGACUGGUCUUAGUAAUUGGGUAGAUAUUAAAAAAAAAAAAGUUCACAACUAUAAUUUUAUUAAUGCCCCCUCCCUCCCCAAUAAAAAUUGUCUGGAUUCAACAUAGGUCGCAAGUUGUUCGGUGAGCUUCAUAUUUUGUAAAUUAAUAUAGUAGUGAGCUAUUUUUAUUCAAUAAAUACUUGUGGGUUUUACCCGGCUUCGACUGGAAUGUUCUAUUUUAAUUUUGUUGUUAUUAUUAUAUAUAUAUCGCCACUCAUAUUCCACAGAAUAAUAAAAUUAUAAGUAGAGCAGAGGACUUGUAGCAUUUGCACAUUAACAAAAAUAUCAGAGUACGAAACAAAUACGUUUCAUAUUUUGAAACUUAAUGUCAAAGAUACGUCUACGCUUAACUAAGGAAACCAAAUCAAGUUGCGCAGCAACAGAUUCAUAGUUAUGGGCUUCACAAGGGAUAUUCAAUUUAAAGCUUGCGUGCCUCAAGAAUUUUCGUUGGACUCUUUCCAGCUUCAAAGAAUCAUUGAUGUCGUGAGGAACCCAAAUAACAGAACCAUACUCUAGAAUAAGGCGUACAAGUACAUAAUAUAGCACCUUAAGGAUAAGAUAAUCGAAAGUCUAUAUAAUCUUGAGACAAACCCCAGAGUUUUAAAGGCCUUACAAUAAAUAUGUUCGAUGUGGGGACUCGGAUCAAGAUUGCUACUUAGAAUAAACUCUAGAUCUGUAACACUGUCAUUAGAGUAUGAAAGAAUAGCAUAUUCGAGAUGGUACAAAUAUACAACAGGGGAUUGAAUCCUGGCAAAAGUCAUGGUUUUCCACUUAGAAACAUUGAAGGAUAACCCUCAGUGAAUUGAUCAAAAUCAUUCUGUAACAAGAUACAGUCAUCCAAAGAAGAUAUACGAGAGUAGAAUUUUACAUCGUCGGCAAAACAUAAAAUAUGGCUGUGGGAAAGAAUACUUGUGACACUAUUGAUAAUAAGGAGAACAGGAGCAGAGAAAGAUGUCCUCGUUAAGGAACACCGAAUGUUGCAAGAAAAAUUUUAGAUUUUAUUCCGAGCAAAUUGACCCAUUGAUGAAUUGAUAUUUUUUGUAUAAUACUUACAAUUUUAUUUAAAUUCUUAGGCUUAUCACUUUUGAAAUUUUUAAAAUUGUAUUUUAUAAGUUACAGCCAUUAGAAGAGAGAAAUUUAAAAACGUACUACCAGUUUAGAUUCUGAGUGGAGCGAAGACAUUUAUGGUUUUACAAAGAUGUUUUUUUUUUUUUUUUAUCUGUGCACAAAAAUUCUAUCGAAAUCUUGCUCAGAUAUAUACGCAUGGUACCAUUUCUGAAAGGGAAUCUUUAGGUGCCUUAUGGUACCUUUGGGAGGCAAUAUUUUUAUUUUCAUUAUAUUUGGGAAAAACCUGGAUAAAACGUAAGAAAAAUGGGAAAUGUGUGAAAAUAUUACUUUUAUUAUUUUUCAAUUUUGUUAUUUGUUGUAAUUCAGUUAAAAAUAUUCGUAGAGACUUGAAAUUUGUACAGAAAACUUAUAUUUGCUUUUUUAGACAUAGUUAAAUUUUCAAAAAAUUUAAGCUAUUUUUGAGCUAUUUAUAAACAUUUUAAUUUUGCGAGUUUUGUACGUAAUUUUUAUUCGGUAGGUACUCUGUGGUCAAAUUGUUAGAUUUAACAGAAAUGCUUGAAAACUAAACAGGAGGUUCAUUAAGAGUCUUACUUUGUGGUCAAAAAAAGAAAAUUUGAGUCUAAUGUAGUAUUUUUUUUUUUUAAAGGAAUUUUAAUGUACAAUUUUGACAAAAAUUGUUAAGUAAAAAAUUAUGCGGAACAAAAUUUAAUUUUUAAAUUUUUUUUUUUUAAACAUAUGUAUAUUGUCGAUUUAAAAACGAUGAUGAAGUCAGAAUUGAGCGGAUUAACUGAGUUUCAAAAUUAUAGCUUUUUGAAUUUCUGAUAUUAUGCGGAUAUUAUAUGUUUUGUUAAAUAAAUAAAUAUUGUCUUGUUUAAAGUAUGUUUGUCGUAGCUGAAUGGUUAAAUAUACCUGUUUUUAUCCUAGAGUCUGCGAAUUCGAACCGUGUUUCGAAAAAAAUUGUUUGCAUUAUUUUUCCUUUUACUUAAACAAGGAAAAAACAAAUGAAUUUUGAAUGUACCUAGAGACCUAAGCAAUCGCUCACUUGGACUAUUUUAAUCGCAAAAUACCCAUUGAAUUGUUAUGCAAACCUUUCUACCAAAAAUCUUGCUUCGAUGUAUCAAGUAUAGCCUUUUUUCUGAAAGAAAAUUUUAUCUCCAUGGUAACUUUAGAAGAUUAUUUUUUGAUUUUCCCAGGAGUUUUCCCUAAUAAAUGGGAAAAAUUGUGAAAAACAUGGAAAAACCGCAAGAAAAACAGGAAAAAUCGGUGCAAUAUUAAACAAAUAUUAUUUAAGAAAACAUAUAAUGCCUAUUUAAUUAUUUUACCAUAAUAUGACAUAUAUAUUGUUGACAAAGCAUCACUAUCAACUGAACUAAGCUCAGAAUCGUUUCUUCGUUAGUUAUGGUUUAUCGUUGCUUACAGAUAUACAUUAAAUUACUUAUAACAUCCUAGGACGUCUUUUUUUUCUGUUGUUCUUUUUUCCAUGUUCUUUUUUCCGGGAUUCGAUGGUCAUUGGAUAAGCUAUUUCACCGUAAUCGAUGGUCAACUAUGCUAACUUCAAUCGUGGUAUAAGCACAGAAUAGAUAAGGUCUAUCAUGAAUAUAUAACAGAUAAAAUAAUACCUAAAUAUAAAAUGGUUUUAAAUAUUUUUAACAUUAAUUAGAUUUCCGUUAUUUUCAUUUUUACCAUGAACUACUCGUAAGUUAUUUAUAUUUACAUAUGUUAUUUUUAUACGUACAGAAUUUAAUAGACUUCUAUAUUAAAUUAAGUUUUAAUUUAUUCAAAUAUUAUCAUUCAUUUAUGUGUUUUAAAGAAAAUAUCAACUGACCCAACCCAACCGAAUAAUACAUUUUUAUUGAACUGUGGAAUUAAUAUUGGUAAACAGUUUGAGUACCUAAAUAAAACCUCGUGGACGAUCAAUAUUAAUCAGGAUGAUAACAUUAAAUCAAAAAUAAUUUCUGAAUCUGUUAUACAAUCAUUUGAAAAUGAGAAAUUUGACGAAAUACGGAAUUACUAUUCAAAGUGUUUAGCAUAUAAUAAUAACACCUUAGAUAAGAUGAUAUUAGCUCAUGCUUAUCAGCAGAGAUUUAGUGAAGUACUUACCUAUAUACCUACCUACUUAAAAGUUAAAAUAUUGAUAGUCAAGAUGAGAGUAAAAUAAUAUAAUUGCUUUAUGUUUACAGAACACCUUGCUGUACAAUAUAGAAAACAUUUGGAAUGAAAAAAGAAACAUAUUUAUGCCUCCAAACCUCCAAAGUCAAGAAUCAGCUGCUUUAAACUUGUUGAGUAAAUUAGAUCUGUGUCCUGGUGAAAUAGAAAGAUUAAUUAAAAAUUAUAAAAUUGACGUGGACAUAUCCGAUUCCCGAGGAAAUACUCGUCUCAUGAUAUCUUCUGUAAUUUUUUUACUUUUACUUAAAGUCUUAUUUUUGUUCCAAUUAUUUAAAUUUAAUAAUGUUUGUGUAAUUAUAAUUUUACUAAAGGCCAACAAUCAACAUGAAAUUAUUAAAUGUAUGAUAAAUCUAGGUGCUAACUUGGAAUGCUACAACGACGAUGGAUUUACUCCUUUAAACUUAACUCUAUUACAAUACAUAUGCUUAUUAAACGAUAUUAAAAAAUGGAAUGGAUAUUUAAUACCUCAUAUUAGUUUUAAAUUUAAUAUUAGAAAAGGUGAGUUUUUCCAAUUAUUGAUAACCAACCAAAACUGUUUAGAUUAUUGUCAUUGUUUUGAAAAAUCAAAAUUUAUUUACAAAAUUGUAUGUGCCAUAUAUUAUCUAAUUCAUAUUUACUGCUAGUGUUGUAGGUAUUCUAUGCAUUAAAAUGUGAAUUGAUUUAUGUAAAUAUUGAAUGAGAAUUACUUCUUUGUUUCAGGAGACCAAAAUGUUACUAUAAAAAAUGUACAGAACAUGAACUUUUUUGAACCAGAAAAUUUGACUAAUAUUAAGGUAAAUUAUACCUUGUUAAAUAUUUCACCAAAAAUAUUACCUAAUUUAUUUAUUUAUUAUAUUUUAUGGAUUGAAUCUAAUUUUAAAUAGGUACAGUGCAUAACAAUAGGUAUUGAAUAUAAAUUAUGAAAUUUAUGGUAUUACAUAAAUAAACCCUAAACAAUUACAUUAUUAUCAUAAGAUCAAUUAGUUUUCUUAAUAGGUAUUCAGCAAGGCCGGAUUUAGGGUUGCGGGGGACCCAGAGUUUAUAUCAGUAAAAACCCUAGUAAAUAGAGGUAGGUAUAUAUUAAAAUUAAACUGGUAAUCAAAAAUAAAUCUGUUAGUAAGUUACAUAAAAUGUAUUUUAUUUAAAUUAUAUUAUUAUAAUAAUACAACGUUAAUAAUUAACUGUGCCGUAUGCCUCUAAUGGCUAUUACCUUAUCAUCAUAAGCACAUUUUUUGUUGGGUUAAAAUUAUUUUCCGACAAAAUAUAGCCCUCCAUGUGGAAGUAGAAUUUUGUGGAGGUCACAUGGCCCCCUAAAUCCGACAUUGUAUACCUGAGUAUAAUAUACCCUAUAGGGCUAUUGGAAAUAAAACAAUACCUACUUUAAAGUUUAUUUAUUAAUUAAUACCUAUAUAAUAAUAGUUAACAGAAAAAUAUGAUGGAAUCGAAAAUACAAAUCCAAUGUUGAGACAUUUAAAAUCAAAGUAAACAAAACUUAUAUGAAUUUAAUCGGGCAGUACCAGAGUCAUGGGAGCUCGUGACCCUUCCUGGGGUCAAAUUGUUUUUUCGAAAUGUGUACCUAUUGGUUUUAUCACAGUGGCGUAUCUAGGUCCGUUUUACGGGGGGAGGGGGGAGGGCGAAAUAUAUUUUCACCCAUUAUCAAAAUAGAAAAUUUCUUAAAAAUUUAAAAAAUGUAACGAUGCACACAUAUUGUCUUGUCACAUAUAAUUAUACAACCAACGGGGGGUGGAUGCCCUCUUCACCUAUCCCAUAGGUACGCCACUGUUUUACCAUGAUGUGUAUGUGUGUAUGUAUACAACUCUUCAGCCACAAAUCAUUUGUUGGUACGCAAUGUAUGUAUGUUCGUAAUAACUAGGGUUCGGGACUCGUUGCACUAAAAUAUGGAAUAUGCAUGCAAAUAUGCAGUCAAAAUCUUCAAAAUAUACUUAAAAAUAUGUAGGCAAUUUUUACUUUAUUUUUGACGCAUGAAACAUAUUAUAAUAAUUAUAGAAAUAUAAAUCUCAAAAAUAGAUAGGUAGGUAUAUAAUAAAAAUCGUCGAUAACAAAGUUGAUUACUAAUCGCUAAAGAUAAAGAUACUACGGUUACAUGAACAGCUAAAACGUUUUGACUCAAUUUGAAUUAGUUAAUUAGACUCUUAAAGAGACACGCACCUAUGACCUAUACCUAUACAAAGUAAUAUCUUAAAAGAAAUAUUUUUGAAUGUUAUCUAAAUGUGAUUUACCCGAUAAUUUUAGUUAAAAAAUAAAAAUUAAUAAAAAUAAAAAACAUGCGAAAUAUGCACAAAUAUUGUAAAAAUUGCUUAAAUAUGCACUUUUCUUUAAAUGCCACAAAAUAUCCGGAAAUAUGCAAAUUCAAACGUUGUAUUUAAUUUCGGUAUUUCAUAAAAUAAAUGUAUAGCUUAUAUCUUGAAUAAUCUAUGAACGCUACAAAAGAACAUGCAAAUGCAAGAAGUCCCGAACCCUAGUAAUAACGGUUUCUAUUAUUUCAAUGUGAUUUCCAGUAAAUUAAAUGAUGUAUAUACCCUAUGUAUAUUGUAUAAUAUAAAUAUAUAUUUAUAUCAUUUAUUCCUAAAUUUUGAUUAUUUUUGUACAUUUUAUCAUUCUAAAAAAUAGUAAAUGAUAGGUAGGUACACAUGAUAAUACAAAUUAUUCGUGCCUUCCCCUCCCUGGGAAUUUUUUUCUGGCUAUGGUACUAUAAUGAAGUAUCUAUUGCCUCAUAAUAAAUAUUCAAAUUUGUAUUUCAGACAAACAUUAAUAGACUCAGUUGAAGAUACAAUAAUACUUUUAAUUAAUAUGGGUGCUAAACCUACUACUUGCUUCACACCAAAAACUUCAUUUCAUUUAGCCUUAUUGACUACAAAUCCAGCAAUUUUAAGCGCUGUUUUCGACGCUGGAGGAUCUCCACCUUAUACUUUAUAUAAUGAAGUAAGUAUCUAUUGAUUAGUUUCAAUUGAUUCGAAUACCAAAGUGUACAGAUAUAAUUAGUGAUAAUCUUAUGAAUAAUAAGGAUUAUAAAUUGAAUUUGUUACAUGUGGCUGCUUUGAUGCCAACAAAUUAUAAUGUUGUCGAAUGCGUUAAAAUUUUAAUUAUGCAUUGUGUCGACCCAAAUUCAAAAGCAUUAGUAAUAACCUAUUUAUAUCUAUUAUUAUUCAAUAAUUGUUUGUAAAACAUUAUAUUUAUUUAUAGCCGAUAUUAAAUGUAUUUCGUUAUCAAAUACCAUGGCAACUGAUUACAAAUCAACAGGCUACUAUGACACCUUUAGACAUUUAUUGUUUAAAAGAAAAUAAAAAUGUUCUUAAUGAUAGCUUAAUGGUUGACGAUCAAUCAGAAGCAAAACUGGUCUCUAUACUUUAUGAUGUCACAGACAAAAAUCAUACUUAUUGUGGAUUCAAUUCUAUAGCAUUAGCUAUGUUGACAGGGAAAUUAAAUUUAACUGAAACACUUUUAAAAAAAAAUAUAACAGUUGUAAAUGAAAUUAUCUCUAAUUUCGGAACAUUAUUAACAUUAUUACUCAACCCUAAUUAUAAUGUCAACUUAUCAAAUCAAACUCUAAAUGAACUUUUGGAUAUGUUGUUAGGAGCUAAUUCAAAUCCUUUUAAAAUAGUUGAAGUUUCCGACAAGAAAUUUAGUGGCAAUGUUUAUGAUUAUUGUUUUAUGAUAUCUGAAUCUAAAAUGUAGGUAUUAAAUGUAUUGUUCUGUUAAACUAACAAUAUACCUAUGUAAUGUGUUGUGUAUUUUUAUUUAGUUCGGACCAAGGUAAAUAUAAAACUAACUUGAGAGGAAUAGUUGAAAAAUUAAAAAAUGCUGGUAGAGCAAUAUUGAAUUUAAACUAUUCAAAACAAGCUAAAGAUGUGUUCAUGUAAGUUACUUAUUAAACUAUUUGAGUAUAUUAUUGUACAUGGUAUAUUGUAUUAUAACAAAAUAUCAAUAAUUAAAAAGUUAAAAGUUAAGUUAUAAGUGACUUUUUGAUAACUUAUUUAGCUUGACUAGUAAACAAAAAUAUAGAUUCUUAGUGUUAGACUAUAACUUAGUUAUUUUUUUAAAAAUUUGAGUUAUUUCUAAAAAGCUAUUUUUAAUUUUUUUUAUAAUAACUAUAUUAUGUUUUUGUAUUGAAUCUUUUGAUGAAAAUUAAAUAAUAUACUGUGCAUUUACAAUUUAUAUUACAUGGUCAGAUAUAUAUAUAUAACAAGUCUAGUAUGUUCAUUAAUAAUUGAUUAUACUAUAGUGCUAUACUAUGCAUUAUGAGUGUAGUUAAGAAUAAUUGAAAAAACUUAAGUUAUUAUUUUCCUGAAAAUGAGUCCUAUCGAACUUAGUUGCCUAGGUACCUAUUCAAAUUCAUUUAAAUUGUAACUCAGCUAACCAAUUUAUACAUUUUUGUUGUGCUAAUUUAACUUAAAUUAGUUGGAAAAAAUUGGUUAACUAGUCUGACUACAAAAUAUAAUUAUUAUUAAUUAUACACAAUACUUUAUUUUUAAGUGUUACUAGAGUUACUUACUUAGGUAGAUAUUUAGUAAAAUCAAAAUAUUUAUCCACCUAUAAUUUAUAUAACUAUAAUAUAGCCAUUAUAGGUAUUACAAUAUUAAAGUAGGUAUUAAGUAAAGGUGUUUUUCUAAUCUUAAAUUUAAAAAAAAUUCUCUACUUCAUUAAUUAUAAUAUUAAUUUACCUAUAAUUUACAUAAGUAUUGUUAACUGCAUUAACAAAAAAAAAUAUUUAAAAAUUAUUAAAAAAAUGAAUACAAUAAUUAUUGUAAAAAAUUAUUUUAGAAAUAAUUAUAAAAAACACAAGAUUUUGACAUUACCAGAAGAUAAGAAAUCAAUGAUAUUUUGGUUGAAUUCCGAUUUAAAGUUUAUCAUUCAACAAGUUAAAGCAGAAAAAAAGUUAACUUCUGAGUCAUUUCCUAUUAAAAAUGUUGAAAAAACCAAAACUGUUUGUAUUAUAUGUUAUUUUUAGGUAUAAAUAACAUAAAUAAUAUUUCUUUUUUAGAAUACUAAAAAAAAAAUUCAAAAUAAAACCAUUGAACAAUUAUUACAAGACAACUCAACAGUUCAUAAUCAAAUUAAUCUUACUGAAGUAAGUUUUGAUGUAGGUUAUAUAUUUUCGAUUAUUUGUAUUAAUUAGUAAAUCGAUUAAUGAAAAUCAAUAAAUCAGAAAUUAAUUUUCUAUACAUACUGAGACAAAAAAAAAAAAAAUAGCAAUUAGCUUAACUCACUAAGUUUAUAAUCUUGUCUGUUUUUUCUAUUAACUUUUUUUUAUUCAUUACCAAUCGUUAUAACUUGUAGUAGCAUACCUAGUCAAAAAAAGGUUUAAGAUUAAUUUUCAAUUAUUUAGUUAUUUUUAUUAAUUGGUCAUACUAAAAAUAUAUCAUGAAAAAAAACCUACGGCCAAAUUAUAUUAGAUAGUUGUAUAUUUAAUAUUAUAAAUUUAGGAAAUUUUUUAGGACUACCUACUUAUAAUUUAGUUAUUUAUUAUUUCAAGGUUUUACCUAUAUUAAUAUAUAGUUAUUACUCAAGAAUGAUUUUAAUCUUAAGGUCAUCAACUUACCCUGGUCUCUUUUAUGAAUUUUUAUUUCUAUUUACAAUUUUCUAAUUUUAUAGGAAGAAAUUCAAGUAUGUUAUGAGUGUUUAAAACAUUUGAAAAAAGAAAUUAAAACUUGCUCAAGUUGUUAUUUUGCACUAUUCUGUUCGAAUAGUUGUAAAAUGAAACAUAAAAUCAACGGAUGUAUAGCACAAAAGAGAAAAAGUAGUUUAAGUAAAAGUGAACAAACCAAAAAAACCAAAGUUAAACCAAAAUCAUACCAUGUAUCAUCUACACAAUUUCUUUUGUUAGAAAAAUCCAGUAUGAACAGUAUGAAUAGUAUUGAAAACUGUAAUAUGAACAGUAAGUAAUCCUUAAUAUAUAUUUAUAUUCAUUCAAUUAUUAAAAACUUUGAUGUUGUAAAAACUCUAAACAAAUUAGGUAUUUCACCGUCAAUAUUGAUGACAUAUUCAAAUUCAACAAAGUCGUCUUUACUAAAACCAUUGAAUUUUUCAACAAAAUCGAAAAUCUCCACUACUAGUAUGUAUCUGAAAUCAAACUACCUAAUUUUAAAUUUUAUAAACUAAACAAAAUUUAAAUUAUGGGUUUUUUUUUUAAUAGAACAUAUUUCUUAAACAUAGACAUGUCUGUGAAACUAAAUAUGAUUAGUAAUUAGAUCAUUAGUAUUUAAAUUUUCAAUAAAUAAAUAACUAAAUAAACAUUUUGUUAAAGCUAACAAAUGGUUUAUUUGUUCUAUUUGUAGAUCGUUUUAUAAUUAUGUAUGUAGUUACAGAAUGCAUAUUCUAUACAAAUAUAUUUAUAUUAAGACAUACAUAUUACAUACAAAUAUAUAAUCUACAAAGCAGGGCUUCAAAUCAGUUUUGUUAUUAACCAGUUAUAUUGGAAAAUUAAUAUGAACGAAAACGGAUUGGAAUAUUAUUUAUUUUAUAGAAAGAAAAUUAAAUGUUUAACCAGAAUUAUUAUAUAAAUAAUUUUUAUAUUUCAAAUUAAUGAUAGUAAUAAUUGUUUGUAUGUUGGUUACUCUGUUUCUACACGUAAUAUGAAAAAUAGCUGACACAGGGAACGGGUGGAGUCACUGUAGUAGGUAAUUGAGAAGGAGGGAUUUAAUUUAUACUUGUAACCAUCGGUAAAACAUUGCUAAUGAAAAACAAUUCGGAGCGAAGUUCAGCGUGUUUUGAAAGACCGUAAUAUUUACAAUUUUCGUCUAAGUAUGAUUUUAAAAUUUUCGUAAAAAAAAAUACUACAUAACAUUAAAUUUUUUUAUGUUCACCAAGUACGACUAUAAUGAACCUCCUGUCAAAUUUAUUUUAAAUCACCCAUUCCGCAUGACCCUUAAUUUUCCUUAUUACUUAAAUUAUAUAGUUAACAUUUUUUAAACUAAUAAUAUCUAGUUAUGACAGUGAUUUCAAAUAAUUUUAUCUGCAAAAUAUAUUUUGAUUAAAUAAAUUAAGAUUGAUUGUUACAAUUACUAAGAAGAUCAGAAUUUUAGAUUCUUUUUGUUUCUUUGUCUUGCAGUGGCAUAAUGAGAUUGGAUAGUAUCACUGUAUCACUGUAUGACAAAUAACAUUUUUGAAUUAUUUUAGUAUUAGUACGUUAAUUUGAUUUCAGCAUUAUAUUUCGUACACAAAAUGACGUAAAAAGUAAACAUUUUUAUUUUGAGUUACGGACUAGUUUUGAGAGCUACGUCCAUUCCAUCGCCCCCCUCUCCUCCUACCACAUGAUGGUUUAUUACAGUAUAUGUAAAUUUUAAGCACGAUUUAAAAUGCCCCGUAUUUAUAAUAAAUAAAUCUGGGAUCCCUAUCUCUGAGAUUGGCUAUAUAUUAAAAUUAACAAAAUCGAUUUCUUUUUAUUUUCAAUUGGAGCAAUAUUUCUGGUAGACGGUGAAAGACAUAAGCGUCAAAAUGAGAUAAGAAGAAAAAAAUCGUAUCGUACAAAAGCGCCAAAAUCCUAGGUACCUGUGUGUCACGGUUAAUUGAUAUAUAUAUAUAUAUAUAUAUAUUUAUUAACCGUGUUUGUGUGAUAUUAAAUUUAGAAAUUUACUAUCGUUCUAAAAAACGUUCUUCAAACGUUUAAUCUUAAUCGACAAAUUUAUUAACUGAUAUUUGUAUGUAUAUUUUGUCGAUUAUUGAAAAUUUUAAAUAUUUUUAAAUACCCAUUUAUAUAAAAUAUAUAAAAUAUUAACUUUGGUAUAUCAUUUUUGAACCUUUGGCGCUUAUAUCAUAUAGUAGUCCUGGUAGAAAACAUCGUGAACAAAAGUUAAAAACAAUGAAACGGUAACGCCGCGGAUUGCCGUAAAUAUUUGCCAUUUUACCUAUAAUUUUCUUUUGGGUUUGUCCCAAUUAUUUUAAAAACUCAUUGGAAAAUAAAAUAUAUAAUCUUUAAUGUACCAGUUAGAGAAAAUUUCAUUCCGAAUAGGUACUAUGUACUUAGGCAUACAAAUUUUGGAAGAAGAAUCGUUUACAGAAAAAAAAAAUACACAUAAUAGUAAAUCUAAUAGAUCCCUCGAUACGCUCCGAAUUGUUUCCUUAUAGUAAUAGAUAAAUAUUAUAUAGUAUACUUAGUAGUUUCAAAGUUACAUAUUAUUGUUUUAAAAAUAACAAAAUUAACCGGUUUCAUUAAUUUGUAAACCGGUUUUUUAAACCGAAAAAAAUGGAAAAAUAACUAAAACUAUUUACCACAAAAAAUAACUUUAGUUUGAAGCUCUGCUUAAAAGGCCUUUCAGAGUAUUCAAUCCCUAAAAUAAAAGUAAAGCACAGACAAUUCUCCGCCGGGUACAGCAAUUUAGGAUAAUAAAAAGCUUAAGAAUUAGGUAUAUGUGCUAGUUUUAUACGGUCCAUUAUUUAAACAUGUAAAAAUCAUACUAUGUAUUUUCUAUACAAAUUAUUUUGUUAAAAAAAAUCUAGUAUGUAUAUUAAGAGUAAUUUUGAAAAAUAUAUGAAUAAUAUUUAGUGAGUAAUCUUCUCAUUCUUCUUCAUCAUAAAUAUUUGGUUUUGGCCAUCCUCAUUUUAAACUUUCAUUUGAUCUGAUCUCCAACCUCGCUUAUAUCAGCUGUCCUCAUAUUAUUUUCAAUCAUAUCAAUUUAUCUUUUUUCGUAUUCCUUUCCAACUUUUUCCUCCUACAUUUAUUUCCAUUACAAUUGUUUCUGCUUUCGAUUCCUCUCUCCCCUUGGCUUUUCCAAGCUAUUUUAGUCUGUUUUUAAACAUUUUCUCUACUAUCAAAGUUAUGCCUAAGUUACCUCUUAUGUACUCAUUCCUUAACCAAUCUUCUCCUGUUACUCCAUUUAUUCAACUAAGCAUUCCAUCAAUGCUACACUCAUUCUCUAUCUUGCCCAACAUUCUAAUCCAAACAACAUAAUAAUUAGUCUUAUCGCACUUUUGUAGAACUUAGCUCUUAUUCUCUAAGAAUCAUUGAAAUUCUCUUAUAAUAUAAAAUAGCUGACACAUCUUACCAUUUUAUCCAAUCAUAUUUAAUCCUAUGUUCCAUAUCUUUAUAAAAGCCACAUUUUUUUUGUACAAAAUAUCCUAGCUAGGUAAUUAAUAUUCUCAACUUCGCCUAUAACUGCUUAUUAUCGUUAGCUGUCUUGUCCUGUUCUUCCAAACUUAUUUUGUUUUACUUUUACCUAUCCUUAGUCUCUUUUCUUCAAGUUCUACUCUCCAUUCCUCAAGCAUAUUAUUAACUUCGUACAGACAUUCCGCUAUCAAAGCUAUAUCAUAUGCACCAUGGUAUCUCCUAUCAUCUCUUUUUCCCGCACAAAUCUAAGGUAUGGAAAAUCCGCCAAAGUGUUAUUUAGAACUCCUCAUACUGUUUGGUAGAAUUUCAUACCGACUGUCGAUCUGAUGCAACCCCAUUUGUCGCCUCUUAUAAUAUAUAGAGGAAUCGUGGGAGUACUCAGAUACUAUUUCACAAGGAGAAUGGUAUAGCCAAUUAUAAAGUGAAUUAUUUCACCUUACAAAAACAAUAUCAUAUGACUAUUGAAAUCAUCCACCUGGGCUUCCCACAAGUUGGAGCUCGGGAUUCCAGGUUCAAUAAACCCGUAGUAUCAUAUGCCUCCUUUAAGGGGGAAGAAGUAAUCCUUAAUAUAAAUUUAUAUUCAUUAGUUUAAAAAAUAUUUGUAGCUGAAGAAACUAAAAGCUCUAAACCAAUUAUGUUACCUUCAAUAUCACUGGCAUAUUCAAAUUCAACAAUAUCAUCUUCUCUAAAAUCAUUGUCUUCUUCAAGAAAAUCAAAAACCUCAACAGCAGGUAUGUAUUUGAAAUUAAACUAAUUUAUAAUUUAUAAUCAUAUAAACUUAAUUAGAUUUAAAUAAGUUUUAUUUUAACAAAAUAAAAUCAUUAAACCAGUCUAGGAAUAUUUGAGGAGCUAAAUAUAAUUAAUACCUAUCUAUUAUCUAUAUAAAUGUUGCCAAAGCUAGCACCUGGUGGAUAUCAUUUGUAGUAAUAUAUUGUAUUUCUUCUAUUUGCAGAUCGUUUUAAAUUUAUGUAGAAUUUAGAUUAUACAAACAUUAACUUAUUAUAUAAAUACAGGUAGGACUUAAAAAGAGCUUUAAAAGUACUUAACCCGUAAAAUGUAAUAUUCAAAGAAUUGUUUAGCACCUAUUAAGUGGAUUUUUUUAUGUUAUUAGUAUCCUAGUAGUUUGAUCCAGGGAAGCAAAGCACAGGCAAUUUUCCCUUGGGUCGAUGAUUUAGGGAAAAACAAACAUGUGAUAUAUAUAUAUAUAUAUUAUGUGAUAGUUUUCUGCUGUCCAUAGUUCAAACAUAUAAAAUGGUAUGUCAUUAAAAAUAUUUAAACUACCUACCUACUUUUGUAUUAUUACUAAUAUUAUUUGUUAGAAAUUAUUUACUUACCGAAAAUUAGAAAAAAAAAAACAUAUUAUUAUUAGUUUUAGAUUAUUCAAAUUACUCAAAGUCUUCACAAAAAAAAGAUGGAGAUACUACUUCUUCAACAAAUUAUGAUGGACGCAGAGAUAAAAAACAAAAUGUGUCAAGUGUUUUUACAAUUUUAAACAAUAAUAAUAAUAAUUAUUUGGAUAAAGUUAGUCGUAAAUCCAAAAAUAAAUCCUUCAAGAAAUUAAUAAAAUCAUCAAUAUAUGCUGAGAAAUCACAAAAUAUCCGGCGUAAUACUAAUAAGCAAACUUGCAACCAAUAUUGUUUGAAAUCGAAACUUCAACAACGCUCAAAAAAUGAAGGACAACAUUUUUCUUCCAACCAUAAUUUAAAUACUAUUGGUUUUCCUUCAGUUAAAUACAGAAGGGUAAAAACUUCUUGUUGGAAACAUUUUUUUAAGUUUAUUAAUCGUGAUUCAUCUAAUAAAGACAUAAAUCUAUUAAGAGAUUUAAUCAAUUCUCAAAUGAUAAAUUUAGUACUAGGAAAAGAUGGACAAGUAUACCACAAAGUCAUAAAUGGUCAAUAUAAAAUGUUGAAUAACUACAGUUUAAUAUAAACAGUCGAUUAAUUAUUUUUAUAAUAUGUGUUUAAAUAUAUAUCUUUAGUAAAUGCUAAAAAAUGUAACUUUCAAAAAUAUAAUAAACGUGACAUGGUUAUUACAAAAUAUUAAUAUGUUUGUAUAUUUAUGUUAUAAUUAGGGAUAAUAUUAAUUUUAGAUUUUAAGUAAUUUUUUGAGUUAGUAAAAAAAGUUAGAAUUUUUUCUCAUGAUAUCUUAUUUUUCAACAGUUGAUGGAUUAAUUUCUCUAAAAAAAACGUCUAUCUAUAUAUGGAGGUACAUAGAUCAGUAUUAAAUCAGGCGAAAAACAUAUUAAUUUUAGAUUCUGAGCGAAGCGAGGAAUGUAUCGAUUUUAAAAUAUCGUUUAUUUUUAUCAGUUAACGACUUUACUACCAGAAAUCUUCCUUCGAUUUCAAGUGUAGUAUUUUAUCUGUAAGGAAAUUUUAUCUGGGUGGUACCUCAUGUCACUUUUUGAUUUUCUAAGCGGUUUUCCUAACAAUUGGGAAAAAAAUUAAUGAAAACAGAAAAUUGUACGAAAUUUAUUAUUUUAUAAUAUUUUAGAUUCGAAGCAUAGAGGGGGAUGUUUUGGUUUUACUAUGUGUAUUUUUUUUUUAUCUGUAAACAACUUUUCAAUCAUAAAUUUUGCUCUUUUCGAAAAAUGACAGGAUAUCAAUUUAAUUUACAGUCACUAACAGAGAAAAUCAUUUUUUGAUAUCUAAAUUCUAAAGUAGUUUUCAUAAUAAUUGGGAAAAUAAAAAAACAAAAAAGAGCUGAUACUGGGGAUGGGAGUGGCCACUGUUGUAGGUGCGAAAUUGAGAAGGUAGAAUACAUAAGAUUAUUUCAUUUAUAUCUGUAAGCAAUGAUAAACCAUUGCUUGACGAAAGACGAAUCCGAGCGCAGUUCGGUAUUAUACAAUUUGAAUUGUCGUCAUUUUUUUUGCGAUUUUUGUUUAAAUUUAAUUUAAAAACGCUUAUUGAAACAGUCGUCCGAUGAUUUUGGAAAUUUCACCACGUUAGGUAAAUCCAUUAUAAGUAUUAUUACCAAGUUUCAAGUCUCUACGUGUACUUAUAACCGAAUUACAGCAAAAAACUCCCAAAAAUUAAAAUUCCUGAAAAACCCAAAAGUUUUGAAGAUGGUACCAUAGGAAGGAAAUCAAACAGGUAACAAAUAAAAUAUCUUGUCAUUUUUCGAUUAAAUCAUUUUUUCUGGUAGAAAACGUCGUCCGUGUUUUUAUAAAAUAAUGAAAUUCUGAAUUUAUACGUUUUCCUAUGCUUUUCUCACUUAAGUGCUUUUAUUUAAAAAAUAAUGUCGAAAAUCAAAAAAAAAUGAUCUUUCAAAGUACAAUCUAGACAACUUGAGAUUUCAGAAAAGUUGCUACACGUAAAAAUCGGUGUCCACAGAAUAGAAAAAAGAACAAAGAAAAAAAAAAAUAAACAUCUUAGUAAAACCAAUAGCUACGCUACGCUCGUAAUCUAAAAUGGGACAACAGAUUUUUUUUGUUGUAUUUGUAAUAAUUGAGCAAAACUGAAAAAUAUGUAGAAAGAACAUGAAAAUUUACGAAAAUAAUUCUUCUAUUAUUUUAAGUUUUGUUUUUUAAAAUUAAUUCACUUAAAAUAAUAUUUGAUAAUAUUUGAUAAUAUUUGUACACGAGUAAUAUUCAUAGACUUUAAUUUUUGAUAGAAAACUUAUGUUUGUCUUUUCUAAAUGUUUUAAAAUUUAAAAACACUUUAGUCAUUUAUGAGCUAUUUAUAGAUUUGCGAGCUUUUUAUGUAAUUCGGUAGGUUGUCUGUGGAUAAAAUUGUUAGACCAAACAGAAAUGCUUUAACUUCGUACUUUGUGGUAAAAAAAUUUAUAUAUAUAACCGAACUCCAGUCAACAAUGAUUAAUCGUUGCGUACAGAUAUACAUUAAAUUCCCCUCUAUGCCCUACCUUCCUAACAAGAAGUUGGGUUAGGUUAGGUCCCAACUUCUUACCUUCAACAGUGGCCCACCUAUUGUAGGAAUGAUGUGCUUUAAUGUGCUUUUAUCCUAGAAUUUAUUUACGGCACCAGCAUAUUUUAUGUAAUAUAUUGGUACUUUAUACUUAAAUAUGUUUCCACAUUUGGUCAUUUAAAAUACUUUUACUUUAAGUACAAACAAAUCAGCUCACCAACUAUAGAUGGUUUAACAAAAUCUUAAGAAUACCUAAUAUAUUAUAUAGGAAUUUACGUAUUUUGUAUUCAAUCUGCUCUUGUAGAUAUACAUAUACUGUAUUUCUAAUUAUUAAUCUGCCAAUAUAACUAGUAAGUUUUUUUCAAAGAUUAAAGAAGGAAAAACAUUUUUUUUAUAAGGUAUUACUUUUCUUACAAUAAUUUACAUGCAUAACUAACAAGCUAAAAUAAUAAUUCUCAAUGAUUAAGUGCACAUAGAAUAAUUUUUAAUAAUUUUUUAUGUCAGAUCAAGUCACCUCGUUAAGUCUCUCUUUAAGUAAACACAUUUUCUCUUUUAUAACUUCUAAAGUUCUAGCCUAAUCAAUACGUUUAGUAGUUAUAUAUAUAUAUAUUACUAUAUUAGGAACCGAACUUUAAAUAAAUAUAGGUAGGUACCUACAAAAAUAUUAAAAUAUUGUACCUAUAAUAUAUUAUUUAACUUAGGGUUGGUAUACAGUAUACACCUAUUUAUUAUUUAAUAGGUACCUAGCUGAUAGGUAGCUCUCUAUUUAUUAUUCUUUAGUAAUAUACUAAUAUACUAGUUUAUCUAGUCUAAUGCCGAAUUACGUGCUAGCUUAUAAACUAUAUUAGUAUGUUUAUAUCUUGGAUUGUUCUGGAUCUAUUAUUGAAUUACUUGAUAUUAUUGUUUUUAAAGAUUUUACAGGUAAAAGGGGAAACCCACAAAUAAAAAGAGUAAAAAAUAACAAUAAUUGGUAUAUUUGGUAUAUUACCCAAACCCAACUAUUAUAGGUACUGCAGUAUAAAGUGGCGCAUGCGCUCGACGCACCUUUUCUACACACACCUCUACCCGUUCCAAGGUUCUACUCUACCGCUCACCAUACUACUGCUUACCAGUUACCACACCGCAAACUCAGUACAACACUCGCCUACUCACGUUGCCGUGUCGGGCUGGUUUUGUUUGUCGUUGUCCACAGACCCGCAGUGUUUCACAGCAGUCUGUGUUGUUUAGGUUCGUCGUAUCGCGAGUUCCGUGCGUAAUCAAAUAGAUCAGUGUUUUUAUUAUCAAAUGAAAUAAUUUUGUAUUUUUGACGUGACGUUAAUAAUGUGUUCGUACAUAUGUAAAACACACGUAUUGCUAACGAUAUACAACGAUCAGAAUAUCAUUAUGUGAACAAUACAAUAUAUAUACAUAUAUAUUGUAUACAUUGUUGAUCAUCAACAUUGGACAUAUCGGAAGAGAAAAACCGUUCGUUAAAGUUUCCGCGUCGAAGUCAUGCAUCCGACUUCUGUUUACCUGAUCCUGUUGAUAGGAUUAUGCGUAACGGUGAGUCGUGAUAUUUUACAUAUUAUUUGAAUAUUAUAAUUAAUACAUGCUAUGUUAGUUAUGUUCCAAAAAAAAAAAAGUGUUUUCUUUUUACGACCCUAUAGUUGGUAUAAUAUGAUCUACAAUCGGCACUGUGAAAUAUUUAUACAAUUUCGUGACUCAUAUAGAUACUAAAUUAUAGUCAUUACUCAUUGUCUAUCUACCUAAUGAACUAACUACUUAAAUAGGUAACCAGUAAAAUGUACGACUAUUAGUUUUACAAUGUCAAUUGACAGUAUUGGUCCUUACCUUUCUAAAAAUAUUUAAUUUUGAUACAGCUACAGCAUAAUAAUAUGGUGUACCAUAUAUGCUAUCGUAUUACCUUAUACUGAACUAUAAUAUGCCUGUAAUAUAGACGCAAACAGCCCAAAUAUUGGGAGGAAGUUUAAGCCUCUAUUUUAUUGAUAAAUUACAAGGCAUAAUAUAUUUGAAUAUGAAUAAGUAUAUAGACUAUUUGUUACUUACUUGAUGAGGACUUGAUAUGCAGUGGGUCACCCAAGACCUCUAAUUAUGCCGAUUUAGGUAUAGAAUAGAAUAUAUUAUAUACAUAUUUGUUUUACGAAAAACUUUCAUUAGGUACCUACCUAAGUUUUACAUUUUGAUAGGUACCUAUGUAAUAACCUUAUGUUAGGACCAAUUUGAUUUUGUUUUAUGAUUUUUAGAUUAAAAAUUAUACAUAAUUGGUAUAUAAUAUACAUUAUACUCUAAUAUAGGUAAUAUUUUAAUUUGUCAGUCCAAUAAUAAAUUAGAGUUUUUUUAUAAAUAAAAUAAAAUAUUUAACUUUCGAUUUAUUAAUCCGGAGUCAAUUGUGUUCUAUAAAUUCAACUGUUCAAUGCCAUGUUAGAAUGUAAUGUAUAUUAUCUGGUGUAUACGGUACAGUUUAUUUAUACGUUUUUAUUAGGUAAGUGUCAUAUGUCAUAUGGCCAUAACAAAUCAUAUAUUAAACUUAUCAAUCAGUUAUUUACCUAUAUUCGAUGCUAAAAUUAUUAUUUUCGUUUCAGGAAAAGAUAUUUAAAUCACUAUUGUGUUUAUAAAGUAUCAGUGGUGGUUUUAGAAAUUUAUUUUUUUGGCAGGCGUCAAAGUUGUUAUAUGUAUACUAUAAUGCCGACUAAAAUAGUAUACAUACCUAGUGCUAUCGAUCAAUAGUAUAUUUAUCUAUAUUUUAUUUAGUUAUUGUUUUGCACUCAUGCAAGUAAUAUUGAAAGGCUUUGAGGUUUAAGAUUCCGGUCAACACAUUUUCGAACAAAUAUAUUAAGACAAUUUUAUAUUCUGGUUAUAAACUUCCGGAUAAAUACAACCUCCGCGAUAUAUCAUUAUUAGAUCCUGAACGGAGCGAGGAAUGCAUUGAUUUUACUAAAGAUUUUACUAGGAUGUGUUUUGUGUCUGUAAACUUCAUUUCUAUCAGAAAUUUUGCCUCAACCAUAAAAUGUAUAAGAACUUUCUUGUAGUAUUUGAAUUUUUGAUCUAUUGGUACAUUGGGGAGGUAAUUUUUUGAUUUUCCUUGUAGUUUUCUUAAUUAGUCAGAAAAAAUAGUACCUUUUAGUAUAAUUUUUGCUGACUGAUUUCUGGGUUACCUUGGCCACAAAAGAAAAAAUACGACUUAUAAUACUCUGCUCAUUUUUGUUUUUCUCUAGAAAUUGUUCAUCGUUAUGUAUUGAUAUAUAUUAAAUUACUCUUUAUAUUAUCCUCCUAAAACAGUGGUACAUCCAUCAGUCAUUUUUAAAUUUUAAACAUAUUUAUUAUACAUUUAUCUGGUAUUAUCCAUUUUCUAACCAUAAGAUACACUGUACUCAUAGCCUAUAUAUUAAUAUUACUCUAAAAAGUGUUAAAACAAAAUUAAAAUACAACCAUUAAAAAAAAAAAAAAAAAUAGGUCUUUAGUUUUGCUCAGAAUAAUAUUAAAAUAUGAUAAAAUAGUAUUAAAAUGAUUUACUCGGUUAUAUUUACCUAUAGGUCUACACAUUAUUUAAUUCCUAAACAAAUUCUUUAUUUGGAUCUAAAUUUAUUUCUAAUGGAUGUAAAGCUUUUUAUAACUAAAAUAUACGUAGAAUACAUAUUAAAAUAAUUAAAAAUUAAAAAUCUCUUUAAAAAAAGGUACAUAUUAUCAAUAUUUAUUUAUUCUUAUUUUAUUUUUAAAUUAAAAAAAAAAAAAUAAUAGUAAUAUUUAAGUUAUAAAUUAAUAACUAAUAGUGGUGACUUAGUGGGUGGUCUACAUAAUUAACAUUUUUAAAAUUGGGGUAUCAAAUUUUGUAUACGCGUGGCUUUAGAUUCAAGGAUAUGCCAUUUGCAGGUUUUAACUUUAAACCCUCAUCCCUACCAUUUUUACGAGGAUUUUAAACUGCAUCCUAGGUACAGGUAAACACAAAAUCCAGCAUGUAAACUGCGCCCGAGUAAAAUUAGAACAGGCCUUUUUAAUAUUCCAAUUUUAUGAUGACACUAACUAACUUUUUUACAAUUUUUUUUUAGUAGAGUUGUUGGCAAUUUUUUUAAAAUUUAACCCCUUAGGGGGUUAAAAAUGGGUUUUAUUUAUUUUUAUUUUUGAAUAUCAAAUAGUUUAUUUAUGGGUUACCUUGGUGAUAAGGAUGGAAAAAAUAAGCUAAAACAAAUAAACCAACCAAAACUACACAUGAGUGAAGCCGGGUAAUUUACCUAGUUAUAGUAAAUAUAGUCAAUAGUCAACAGUCAUAUUUUAUUCUAUAAUGGGUUGGUAUUUUUACAAAUAUUAUGGCUUUACUGAAUGCGUCAUAUGCUGUAUAUUUUAAUAAUUUUGUGAGUGUUCAAUGAAUUUGGAUAGAAAAUUAACUUAAGUUGUAGAAAAUAUAAAAUAUGGUAUAAUAAUAAACAGUUUAGAUUAUAUCUUUUUAACUUGGUUAAACACUGAGGCGCAGUUUACAAAAAAAAGAUCUUUGGCACAGUUUACGUAUGUCCCAUUUUUAAAAUCAAAUUUCACCAUUUUUUGGAUGUAGUAUAUAAUACAAUUUUUAAUAAUAAAUUGUAGUAUUUAACAAUAUAUAACAAGUAUAUAACAAUUGAAUUUUGUUUUAGGACUCUACCUUUUAUUAAAACAAAUUACAUUCUUUAAAUUUUUAAAUUCUUCUUUUAGGUUACCUUUAUAAAAAGAAGCGUAAUAUCGAUAGGUAGAAUAUUUUUAAAAAAAAUGCAGUAGGUAACAAAAAAGUAUAAUAUAUAUUAUUUGUUGGUACUAUAGUCUACACGAAUACAACAAAUAUCUUUAAAAAUGUAUUAAUAAAAAAUUCAAAUAAUACAACGUGUAGGUAUUUUAAACUCAAUUAUCUAUUGUAAUAUAAUACGUAUAGUAUAUAUAUAUAAAAAAAUGCGCUUUUUUAAAAGGAGUAUUACACAGCUAAUACGUAUAUAAAUAUAUUUUUUUAAAUGACCCUGUACAAGAGUACAUGUAGCAUGACGGAUCUAUAAAAUAAUAAACAUAUGAAUCGUAGACAAAUCUAUGUAUUUAUUCGUUUAAAUAUGAAUGAACCAUCAGUUAUUAUUUUCAAGUUAAUAUGGUAAACAUAGAAUUAUUCAGAGAAUUAUAUAUUAGAUAAUAGGAUAUAAUAGGUAAUAUAUUAACGUAUUUGUAAUACGUACAAAUAAAUACACCAAAUAAAAGUUUCUUAAAUCCUUUAAUAUCAAAAAUAAUCUUAGAAUCUAAAAAGCAUUUACUUGCCAUUGCAUUAUACCUAUUGUAUUUAUUAUAAAUUAUAAUUUAUAGUGUUUUUAUAGUGUUAUAACUCAUAUUACAAUAUUAAUAGUGCGUAGGCAAUUUCAUAUUGUAUUAUGAUUUAUUUCAUUUUAUAGAUUACUACUAUGUCUAACUGCAUUAUUAUUAAAAUCAGUAAAAUAUUAUAUUUUACAGCCAACGUGUUUUUUUUUUUUUUAUAUUAUAUCAUAUUCGUAGAUAUGUUUUUGUCUACGCAAAUAAUACAAUUCAGUUGGUGAACAUUAAAUUAUUGGUAGUAGUAGUAGAUAGCUUUUCAGAUUCUAUUUGUACGAAUGUCUUGUACCUAUUUAAAAUCAUCUUCCGUAAAAAAAGAAAUAAAAACUAUUAUAAUGACACGCAAUCUUUUUGUUUUCUUUUUAUGUUUCCUUUAUAUUUCAAUACAGAUCAUUUUUUUCCAUAAAGAUACUGUUAAUUUCAUGUUCUAGUUUUUGUUUUAAUUACGGUUUACAAUAAAGUACCUAUCCGCAUUAAAACAAAAGAAACAAUAUUAAUUUAUUUAGAAUAGUUUAAAUAGGUAUUCUUUUAAUAUUAUAUUAUAUUAUUUAUUUAUUUAACUGUACACAUCCGAGAAAUAUAUAUAUAUAUAUAUAUAUAUAACCAAAGAAACUGAUGUUUGGCGAUGGUUGGGUUCGUUGGGGAUUGUUUAGGUAAUAUGUUUUAGAAUAAUGUACUUAGGUACAACCAAACAAUGGAAAUUUAAUCUGAUAUUAAUUUGUUUUAACGUUUUAUCGAUCUCGUUAUAUCUGCAGCUAAGAUUAGUCUUACUAUUUGCAGUUAUUAUUAUUAAUUAAGCAUGAAUAUUGUUGAUAAUAGAUUCUAUAAAUUAAUGAAACACGCUAUGUAAUCUCGUAAAUGAUUGGAAUAUUCAUUGAGAAUUUAGUGGUUGAUAAUAAUAUGUAGGCAUCAGGUACCUGUAGGUACCUUAGGUAUCUUGAUAAAUGUACUGUACAGUGUGUACGUAUUUUUUUUAUAAUAUAUAUUAUAUACAUACACACACCAAUAUGUAGUGCGUUACACAAUAUUCCAGUGCACAAAUCCAUUGUACCUACAUCGGAUAUCGGAAUAUAAUAAUAUAAAUUCCACACUACACUCGUAUACAUUCUCUUGUUAAAUUCCUUUAUUAUCACUCGCAGUCGAAUUUUGUUUCUUUUGAACGUUAUGUUCAUCCAUGUUUAAAAGUGGGAAAUUUAUGAAAUUAAGUAUGAAAAAAAGGCGUGGAUCCCGAGAUUCGCGUUCAUUUGUUUUUUGUUAACGCGACAACGUGCGUGUAAUUUAUUAAUUACACACGUAAUUACAUAAAUUAUUUCAAUAAUAUUUAAUUUAAAAAUUAAAUGUUUAUUUGUUUAUAAGGGCUAAUUAUCGUAUUAGUUUAAUUAUUAUAUUUGUUUAGCGCAUAAUACAUCGGCACAUCGUACACAUUCUACAUUAUAGGGGAACUCGCGUUGUAUGUUAUCUACGCCUCAAGUGAUAUCAGCUGCUUAGUUAGGUAUACCUGUAUAAUUAUAAGUAUCAAUAAAAUAUAAGAUUUUGGGUUAUCUUCAUAAAGUUCUUUAAAGUUCGUAGAGAUGUGGACGUGAUGACGACUUGUUUCGGCCACGUCCAUUCGCUUUCGAAAAAUGUCGGAAUUUUCAUCGAGAAUAUACUUUGAUUUGGAUAAUGAUAUUUUGUUUAAAAUUCGAAAUGAUGUUUAUUUGCAUAAUUUCUUGGCUAAUUUAAAAUUUACUAGACGAAAUCUUAAAUGCGAAAUGGACUGUUGUAGAGAACAUCUGGUGCGAACGAACGGUUGCAUAAAAUAUACGUUUUUCGUGUAUAGGUAAGACACUACUACACGUGUUCCCAUAUAGGUAUAACGACGCAUAUUAUAUUAUGUCACAGUGUUCCACGAUAUUAUAAUGACCACCGGGAUAAUAUUAUUAUAUUAUUACCGGUUCGAAAAUCCGAUGCUCCAAAACAGGAAACUGCACAUAGCGGAAGCCGCGUAAUAGCUCGCAUACCGUACCUCUUUCUCUAUAUAAUAUACGUGUACACUUUUUGAACAGAUAAACAUUCAACCGAAAUAAAUAUAUGUAUUUUUACAAAUUGUAUGCAUGUACGGCACGUGUAAAUAAUACAAAACUAGUUUAACUUGCAUCACCGCACGUAUAUAUACGUAUAUAUCGAUAUCACGUCAUAUGAAAAAAAACUUUAACAAAAACAAAAAAAACAAAAUCAUUUACGGUUCUACUGGAGUGAAAAAAUCCUUUUGUGCACCUCAUAUACAUGGUGGCAUCGACGGAAUGUCUACUAUUAUUAUGAAAAACUAGUUACCUAUUAUUAUAUUAUAUAGGUUGAGGGAAUGAUGAUACGUAUUCCUAUAAGUACACCUAAUACUUAUACUCACGUUAAGGUAUCCCGAAGUGUAUAAAGGUACACUCCUCCGGCGGAUGACGUGACAUCUAUAAAUAUAAUAACUACUUCUCACCUGCCUGCGAGUAACGUGUAUUAUGAAUCAUUCUUUAUGCUCGCUUUGGAGUAAUACCUUACCUAUACCUAUAAUAUUAAAAUGACAAAAUAUAAUACAAAAAUUACUCGACUAUCCGCAGUCGAUAUCCUACAAUUUUUCCCGCAUGUAUCAUGUUUACUAUUAUUACCAUUGCUAACCCAACAUCAAGAACUAAUAUAUUAUGAUAGACUUGAUAGAUAAACGGUGUGCACGGGAAUCCCCAUGAUUGGGAGUCGUAUCUCCUCUUAUGGGCUUAAACAUUAAAAAAUUAUGAAUAUGUAUUUAGUAAUUUAAUCUUGAAAUGUAUAUAUUUCAGUUAAAUUAAAAGGGAAAACUUCAUUAAUUGUAUAAAAAAAAAAUUUGGUUGGAUCCAACUUUUAAAUUCUGGGUUAUGUAGGUAGAUAGAAAAACAAUUCUACUACGAUAAUUUAUCACUAUUAUUUACUAAAUACACUACUAUUGAAAAUAGUACAUCGCGGAUUUUAAUAAUUGUAUAGAAUUUCAAAACUACCCGUAAUGAAUAUUCAAUUCAUUUAGACAAUUGUUACUUAUCGCUUACUUAUAAGUCAAUUUUUUUUUCAAACCGUGUAAGUGCAUAUAAUUUAUAAAUUAAAUAAAAUUUUGUUAGUGCAAAUACCUUAGUAUUAGUAUAGAGGAAACUACUAUAUAAUAGGUAUGAUUCCAUUAGUCGUAGGUGUAUGAACUGUUACUUCUAUGUAUAAUAUAUAUUUAUAUAUAUAUAUAACAACUAAAUAAAAUUCAAUUUGUAUGUACAAGCAGUGGCAUGCCCAGGAAUUUCCAUUGGGAGGGGAUGUCACAAAAAAAAUCGCGAAUAAAGAGUAAAAUCGUCUGCUCUACCGAACUCAACUAUGGGAAUUGGUAAUUUAAAAGUCGGAUCCUGAAAAUAAAGCCAAUUUCUAAUCAAUCCAGCUUUUUCUCGUAACUUAGUUGAAAUGUAUGCAUUUAAUAUUAGGUAUAUAACUCAUAUUUUUAAGCCAAUGCGGUGGAUAUAGCCCCUAUUAUUACAAUCGGUACCGUAUUAGGUAUUAGGUAUAAUUAUAAUUCGUACAUGUUUAAAAAAGAACAAUCUAGCUGGGUCUGCUUAUUCAAACUAUAAAGAUUUUAACGGGCUUCCUCUUGAAUUGAUCCAUAAAAAAAACGCUAUAUUGUUUGUGUAUAAAAAUCUAGUUUUUCUUUAUUAAACAGAAUGAUAAGUCCAUUAGGGAAGAAAGAUUAUUUAAUACUAAAGUUAUAUAUACUAAUACAAGCUUUGGUCAAAAGUUCAUAAAUUAUUUGGGUCCUGUUAGAUUAAACUCUUUGCCAAUCGAUGUGAAAAAAAAUAUUAUCAAUAGUAAUACUAACAUCAAAAAUUGUAAAAUUGAUGUUUUGUUUAAUGAAUUAAGUCUAUAUUUAUGAUAUGUUAUUACUAAGUCUAUUUUAAAAAUUAUUAAUAUUUAUUAAUUGUAAUUAUUUAUUAUUUAUUAUGUUAUGUAAUUUAGUUUAAUGAUAUUAUGUUUUAAAACUCCCUACACCACCAGAAGCUUAGCUUAAAGUUGUAGAUAAUUAUUAAUACUUUGUAUUAUGUAUAUUAUAUUGUAUAAAUCUAAUAAUAAACCCAUCUAAACAAAAAAAUCAUCCUCUCUCUGCGCACGCCACUGUGUAUAAGGAUAAUUUUUUAAUAUUUUUCCUAUUCAAUUUUUAUUAGAUUUUUAAAAAAUUAGCUACCUAUGCUGAUAGAUUUUUUUUUUUCAAAUUAGAUAUUUUAGUACUACCUAGUGUACAUUUCGACCUUCGAAUUGUCUAUAGGUCUUGCAGAGACGAAUCAUGAAUAUUCCUGCAACUAUUCCUGAUUAUGGUAUAAACGGGUACGAGUUAAAUUAUUCACAUUUAGUUCAGUUCAAUCUGAGAAUAAUUUUAAAUAUUUAAUUGAUAACAGUCAUCAAAACAAUAAUAUUGCUCUAUAGUCUAUAUAACAGAGCCAAAAUAUUAUGCCGCAAAAUAAAUAGGUAGUAGGUGCCUAUUGCACUUGGCGGUAUUCCAAGUCGUUACACAAAUUAGGUAUUAUAUUUUUACCAUUAAUUCUAUUGCAUUUGACAUUUUGAAAUUUGUUUACAAUAUAUAAAAAUAAAUUGUUACUUAAUCAUAUGUAUAUUAGGUGUAUAUUGUAUACCUAUAUUAUAUAAUGUGGUAUGUAAUGUGAUGAGAACCGAAAUAAAUUGAUUAACCCGGUUUUUUUCUCGAGAAAUUCGUACGAUGUGAUUCCCGAACGGUUCUUCUCGUAAAAUGUACUGUUAUGACUAAAAUCCUAACUAAUGUAAAUUUAGGAGUAUAUAACUAAAAAACUGAUCUAUAUUAAUGUAGACCUACUCUUAUUUUUUUUCUCGAUCGGACGCGCACCGUGUAUAAUAUCGUUAGGUAUUCUAUUCUAUGAAAUAUCCCGAGACAUCAUAUAUAGCUACUAUUGAAUUUUACAGUAAUUAAUGCAUUUGCAAUUGUUAUUGAAAUAUUCUAGUAUAGCAAAUCGAUCGCCAUUAAAUUAACCCGUGUAACUACGUAAUAAUGUAGCUGUUGUUAUUCACUAGCCGUCUAUUCGCGUGCGCGUAACCUCCUUAUUUGAAUUCCACGUAUGUUUAUAAGAGAUGACGUGAUAGUUUUUUUACACGAUUCAUCGAUAUUCUAUAUUAUACUUUGGUACUUACUUCAUUAUAUUAUCUUCGUAAUAUGACGUAUGUAUAAUACGAGUAGGAAGGUACCUUCAAUAAUAAUAAUACUAUACCAGUAUAUAUAAUGACAAUAAUAAAUACCUAUAGUACGGUAGAAAACACGUGCGUCUGGUUCGGUUUAUGUGUGGUGACGGUGGACAAAUAAUAAUAAUAAUAAUAAUGUUAUUUGUAAUAAUGUUAUAAGAAAAAGGAAUGCCCCCGCAGGACACGACGAGGUGGAGGUGGCGAUGGAUGGUGGUGGCAAGAGAGAAAUGCCGCUGCGCGCACGUUGCAUAAUGAGUGAAAUGAAUGUAUGCCAGCGAGCGCGCGCCGCAGAUGGUUUUUUUUUUUUUGUAUUUUAUUUUUUAGGUACCUACAUAUCUUCGUGUGUACCUAUGUACCUCUGUCUGAAUAAAUAUAUCUGUUGUCCACACGCAAUUGUGCACGCACACACGCACAUGUCACGUUUAAUAUACACACACGUCGUAUACCUGUGCGCCUAUAAUAUUAUAGUAGCAACAAUAACAACAACAACAAUAAUAUAAGAACACACCGAUAAUAUAAUGACACGGUUCGUUGCGUUAUAACCUGCGCAUUGGUCUCGCCGGGGUCUGUGGUAAAAAAAAAAAAAAAAAACUAAUAAAAUAAUAAUGUUAAUAAAAACUCGAGAAAAAAAGAAAUAAAGUCGGACAUAUUUUUGCACCUUGUAGGCCACAAUAGUUGUAGAUGGCAAGUUUGGAGUAUAGAAAAUAAGAUACAAUGUAAUAUAAAAACACGCAACUUAGUAAAAAUGACGGUUUCUUCUCUACUCAGAAUAAAAAUAAAAAUAAAUGAAAUAUUCAAUAUUAUUAUCCGAGUGACGCAAAUGUUAAGUGUAACAGUAUAACGUUUCUAGCAAUAUUAUAAAUAUCCGAAAAUAUAUGCAAAUAUUCGAAAACUAUUUGAGCAUGUGUAAAUUCGUGGUGUAGACCUAUGACAAGGGUGAUGAUAAAAAAUCUACGACAGCGGCCUUUGGUAUGGCCAUACAAAAUUGUAUAAAAAAAAAUUUCCUGCGUGGGUUUUUACGGACGAGAUUUUAUAUAAUGUAUGCGGUGGGGAAAAAAAAUUAUUGUCGCAGAUGUAUCCUUUGCUAUAAUAUAUAGCUUAGAAAAAUGAAUGCAUACAUAUAUUAUAAUCGUUAUAAUAAUCGUAAAUUUAACGCAUGUUCAUCUUGCCGCACAACAAACGAAAUUUUAAGAAAAUAUAAUAUUUCCAUUAUUUCGAAUUUUGUUUUUUUGUUAUAAUUUAUUUAAACAUAUUCGUAGACUUAAAAUUUUGAUAAAAAAAAUCUAAAAAAAUUAAUAUUUAACUUUUUUAGGUAUGGUAUCAUUUAAAAAUUGGUAAAAUAUUUUAACGAUUUUUGAGCUAUUUAUAGGGAUUUUAUAUUUUUGUACGUAGUUUUUAUUUGUUAAGUAUUAUGUGGAUAUAAUUGUUUGACUAAACAGAAAUACUUGAAAAUUUAACAGGAGGUUUUAUUAUAAGUUGUAAUUACAGUGGUUAAAAAAAAUAGUGUUAUCUAGUAAUUUUUUUAGAUCAAAUUUUCAUGAAAAUCGUAAAUAUUACGGCCUUUCAAAUCACGUGUAAACGAACUUCGCUCAGAAUUAUUUUUCUUUAUUGCAAUGGUUUAUCGUUGCUUAAAGAUAUAAACUACUCACCUACAACAGUGGUGCACCAAUCAGCUGUAUCAUCUUUUUUUUUAUUAUUAUUACCAGAGCUUGGAUUUUAUGGUAUUAAAAAUAACUGGAAUAUGCGCUAUACUAUGACCUAUAAAAAUCUUUAAAAUAUAGUGCUGUAAUAUGCCAUAAAAACAUAAAAAAUAGCAAGAUGUGUGUAUUUAUUUGUAUUUUUUUUUUCUGUUAACGACUCAAAAAAACAUGAAUACAUACGACAGAAUAUUCUAGUAAAAACAAAAUAUAACUAUAAUUUAUAUGAAGUUAUAAGCUUAGAAAUGUACACUGUUUGAUGGGGGGCCAAUACGCCGGGUUACUAAAAAAUAGAUAAUAAUAUAAAACGACAACAUGGGUAUUUUUCUUAUGGGUUCACAUAAAUGACAAAUAUUUUCUCCUAUUUUUUGUAUAUAAUGUAAAUGAUAUUUAUGAAAAAUAUAGGAUAAAUCAUUAUAUUAUGCAUAUUAGCAAUAUUAUAGCACCAAAACAUGAAAAGUAGCACUAAAAAUCUAAAAUAAUUAUAUAAAAAAAGCAAUAUAAAAUUUCAUAUUUGAAAUCCGUGGUGCAUAAAACAAUAAAUUAAUGUAUAGUUCACUCUGCUAUUUUCAUCUAUAUCUUAUAAUAAUUAGCAAAUGCCAUAAAAUCCAAGCUCUGGUUAUUAUCAUAGGUGACUUUGGCUAUUUAAUUUACUGCUUACCUAUUUGAUUACUGAUAGUGACCAUCACAACCUUUUGCAUUUUGGAAUAGCGUUAAUUAAAAUUCAAGAUAUAUUAAAUAUAACAAUUCUAUUUCGAAUUAACUGUUGAAGUUAAAACGAAAUCGAUUUAAAAGUUAAAAAAAAGAUCGGUUAUCUGUAGAACUAUAGUAUAUUUAUUAUCUAUUUAUUUGUAUAUUUAUUACUAAAGUGUAGUUUUGGUCAUUAAAUUAUUUACAUUUAUUGUUUUUUACCUUUAUUAUGAAAUGUUUGUUAUCAACUAAAACUAAAAUGUUGGUCUUAGUUAGCUACGAUAUUUUUUUUUUUCAUGAAUACUUUACUAGCAUACAAUUUGAGGUACAUGUGUGGGUCUAAUGGCCAUGGAAAUAGGAAAUAUCACACAUACAUUAUUCUAAAAUCAUGCUGAUCAAAUGUAUCAGUUGAAUGAAGGUCAACAUUAAGUAUACAUAUAUAUUAUACGUACCUAUAAAACAUCACUAUAAUAAUAUAGUCAUAAAUGUCAAAACAAACGCAGUUUUAUUCACACGUUUAACGCGUAUUGUUUUAUGAAAAGACGACUACAAUAAUUAUUGGUUCUUAUGAUAUUCGAUUUUACAUACAAUUUUACUCAAAAUAAAAUAUUAUGUUUAAUAGUGUUAAACAUAAUGUUUUAAAGCACGUUUAAUACAGUAUAUAUAUAUUUAUGGAUAAUGAAUAUGAACGUUUUAAUUUUGAAAUAAAUUUAUAAGAGUAGUAUGUAAUAUUUCAUUUUUUGUUAAUGUAAAUUCCAAAAUUGUGUGUAAAAACAUAUUUUUACUUGGUUUUUAUACGAUUAUAAUUUUGUUUAUAGCUUUAAAGGCCAUUUAUUGAUACGGCUGGAGUUCAAACUAAUAAUUAACUUCAAUUAACUAACUACAUUUUUAAUGUAAGUUAAGUAUAUAUUUUUGUAGAUGACUUCAUUUAUUGAGUUUUUGUGAUGGGGACGCCAAAAAUCUUCACCAAAAUGUCAACAUUAUUAAAAUGCCUCUGAAUACAAUUAUAUAAACGGUUUAAAACUGUCUAAUUUGCACUUAAAAACUAUCAAAAAUAUAUAUGUAAAAUCAAAUUAUUUAUGAUUGCGAAAUUAAUGGGUUUCAUAUUAGAUAGAUAUGUUACUUUUUUUUAAAUUCAAAAAAAAAAAAAAUAUGACAAUAAGACAAUAUUUAUAAAAUUUAAGCCUCACCACGAGUUAUACAAAUGCCUAGUAUUAAUAAAUUAAAUGAAACAGUUCGAAAACUUUUACUUUUUUUUACGCAAAAUUCAUAAUAAAUAUACGACUAUACCUAUUAUCGAUGGUGUUUAAGAAAAAGGACCUAGGUGACAAUUCAUAUAUUAUCGGAUAAGUGAGACAUAGACAUCGUUUGGUGUUUUGUGUUUAUGGACUAAACACACUAACGGAAUAAAAUGUGUGGGGAUUGAACGCCAAUAGAAUAACAUGUAUGGAGACUUAAGUGACAUUGUUAUAGCAUCGUAUUACUUACCUUAGUACUUUUACGUAGCACUACUAUUUAUCGUACUUACCAUAGGUAUUUGACAAUAGUAUACACAAUAUAAACAAAAAUAAGUGAUUAUAUUGAUUAUUAUAGUGAUUAUAGAUUGAUAUUAUAGUGAUUAUAUAUUAACAAAAAUAAGUGAUAAUGAUUAUUAGUUAUUACUGACAAAAUCAAAUCAAUUUUUUCAAAACUAAACAUCGAAGUUUAUUACAUAGAUAUAUUUUUUUUUGUUUAGGUAUACACAGGUCAAGUUAAACUUAUUAUAGCUUAUUUAAUUUUUUUAGUUUUAUAAGAAUAUUAUAACAUUGUUUUUUUUUGAUGAUCUUUAAGUUCCUUAAAAUUAUGUUUAUUUAAUUAUUCGUGUACAUGGUUAAUGAGAAAACUAAUAAAUAAUUAAUAAUAGUAGUAAACGAAUGACAAAAAAAAAAAAAAAAAAUGGGGUAUAAGAUCCAAAAAUUCAAAUUAUUUUAUAAAAAUUGUUUCUGAUAUUUUAAUAAUAGUUAUAACAUAUUGAUAAUUACUCGCCGAAAAAGUACUAAACAAAUGGGUUGGAGAUAAUCUCAAAAAUUACUUAAAAAAAAUUAUUGGUGUUUCAAAUGUAAAAUAACAUAAAAUCCGUGUUUUUGUUGUCUAAAAGUAGUUCAAAAUGAAAAUUUCUAGUUCGUUAUUUCUAGUAUUAGAAAUAUUCAAGAAAAAUUAUUGAUUUAAUGUUAUAGUACAAAAUAAAUAUAUAGAAAUUAUUUCUGUAGUAAAAUAAAUGUAUAUGACCAUUUACCUCAUAUGGCAUUUUUUUUAAAUUAUAAAUAAUUCCACAAAGGUUUUUGAUCCCGAUGUCUGCUAUCGCGCUAUAAACAAAGUAAAGUUUUUAACUGUAGUAUGAUGAUACUGCACGCGCAUAAUUUCAGCCUCUAAAAAUGUACAUAUUUUAAAACUAAAGGAAUAUAAAUCAAUUCUGUCGGUACGCUCCGUUCGGUUGUCAUUCGUAAAGUAGUUUUUUUCAUACAUACAUAUACCUACAGCUUCUUACUACUAAACAACGCGACAGUCCUCCGUUUUCAUAUAGAUUUUAAAAUGCAUGAAUAUAUUGUUAUUCGUUAAUUAUAUUUGUGUGAAAAAUAUAUUUACGAUUUUUGUCGCAAAUAAAUUAUCCAUACGUAAUAACAAUAAUAAUUUAAAUUUUAUAUCUUAAAAUGUAUUAUCAUAUGUAAUUAAUCAUGUAUAAUUUUAAUUAAUAUUUUUCGUAGGGUAAGGCUAAAAUCAAAAAUCACAGCAUUUUUCAAAACAUAUAAUUUAAAUGAACCACGCUCUGAAUCGUUUUUUGUUACCAACAUAAUGAUUAAUCGUUGCGUACAUAGAUAUACAUUAAAUCACACUAAUUAAAUUAAAAUUAUCCUAUUAUUACCUUCUCAACUUCCCUCCUAUAACAGUAGUAAGUCCGUCUGCAGUAUUUGCUUUUUUUCUUUCGCUUAGUCACUAUUAUUAUUUUAGUUAUUUUAUUAGUGUAAAAAUGUACCGUGAAUACAAAUUGUUUGUUAUGUAUAUUAACCAUAUGUUAUUAGAUAUUCCCAUUAAAGGUACAAUUCAGUAUGCUUAUUAUUAUGCUUGUGUGUUUACCACAGGGUAUAUUAUAUUAUAAUAUUAAUAAUAAUUCAAUUAUAUUAUAGGAGGAAAAAUUAUAAUCUCCAUCAAUGAUCGAUUUCACGUGACAAUGCGUUCUUUAUGCAUUAUAUUAUAAUAUUAAUGAUGUACCAAUAUACACACGAUAUAAAGCGUACUGGCCAUAAUACCUAUAUGGUAGACUGUAUUAUUACAGUUGUGUGCGCGAUCGCAUUCCGAUUAAAGAACAUCGAAGUACCGAUCGAAUAUUGAAUAAUACUUAUACGUCUAUCAGAUGGUUUAUAAUAAUUAUGCAUGAUGGUCGUGUGGAAGGUGUUUUUCAUUCAUUUUUCCAAGGUUAUAUUAUGGGUAUACAUAGAGAGAGAAGUCCCGGGCAACGGUAACAGCUGAUGGCAGUCGUUUUUGGACUUUCCGUUUAAGGAGGCAUUGUGUGUAUACACUAUACAGGAUGCUUUAUGCAAUAUUGUGUUCACCGACUAGAGACCGAAGAGCAAUAAUUGCGGCGAGAAUGACAUUACUAUAGUAAUGGCGGACUAUUUCGCGAUACGCAUUCUUAUAUUAUAUCGAGAUAACGAAUAAAAUAUUUUAUUACGUUAUACAAUCACAAUGCUCGGUAGUUGUAGCCGCCGCCGCCGCCGCCGAUUGAUCAUUAUUAUACCAUACAAUAUUAUUAAGAUAUAACUGUAUAACAUAACAAUAUUCAGAAAAAUGUAAGCCUAUUAUAGAUAAGUAUAGGUAUUUCAAUGCUUAACAAAUAGCACACCAAUUUUUAAUAUAGAAUAUGUAUAAUAUUUAAAUAUUUAACGUAACAUAUAGGUAUACAAUAUACAUUAUAUUCUACUCGUGUUAUGAUUAUACAUUCAUCGCACACGAAAAGAUGAUCGCACGUAUUUACAUUUGCAUUUGUAUCGUACCCUUGCGAUGGUUUUUAAACGCGAUAAUAUUAUCGCGUAUACAAAUAUUUAUUCAUAAAUCACCGCAGAUUAGUGCUUCUGCAUCAAUAGUCCAGUGACACUAGGCGAUUUCUAAACACCUCGCAGCAGUUUCUGUAAAACAAUUUUAUUUUUAUCGCGCGUUUUAUAGACUAUUUUUUUUUUUAAUCUAUUCCGCUAAUGUCUUUUAUAUGUUUGUCUUUUUUUUUUUUUUUUUUAAUACCGCCGUGUUAUAAUAAUCUCGGGUUCGUUUAGUAUUAUAUUAUUAGGUAAUAGCUAUAGGUAUAUCAUAUAUUAUAAUACAUUAUUAUUUUAUAUGCGCGCACGAAAUUACUGUACCCAUAAAGUAUAUGGGUAGGUAUUAAAUGAUUGAAUAAUAAUGUAAAAACAAAAUCUGAACUCCCUAGUUCAAUUAUCUAUUAUAUGCAUCGAAUACACAUAAGUUUACAAUAAUUUAUUCGUUUUAUAUUAAAUAAUACUAGUACUCGUAUAGUGUUACCGAUAUUGAUCGAAGUUAUAAAUGUUUCUGUUAUAUAAUUAUAUGUUUGUGAAAAUUAAAAGAAAAAAAUGCAUCAAAGAUAUGAAAACACGUUUGAUCGAUUUCUAUUUUAUCGUCAUUGGAGACUUUAACGCGUCAUCGUUUUGGUUUGGUAUAACCGGUAACGGUUCGACAAAUUUCCGGCGCGAGUCUUUAUAAUAUACAAAAUACAAUUAUGUUUGAUAACAUGCUUGUACUAUAUUAUAGUAUCCUAUACAGCCAUACAGGUACAGAACAAAGGAUAAUAUUAUUAUCAUAUAUAUUAGCCACAGACAACUUAUAUCAAUUAACUAUCGUGACUCUGAGAAUUCCAUCGUUGACCAUUACUCUUAUCCUGUCCCAUCCUGUCCGUCCGCUGCGACCCCAUGUAUAAUACGUGUGGUUAAGUUCGGCUCACCGGUAAUUUCACAAUGGGCUCGCCGUCGUAUAUUAUAAUAAUAGUAUCGUGUGCCUUAUUAGUGAUGUUACUGAUGGAAUGCUCUGCGAUUGAGACUACGGUCGCUGCAUCAUAUCCUACAUAUUAUACGUCAUGUACGCGUCGUAUUGACAAGCCGCGAGAUUUUCGAUAAUGAGCUCGGCGUGUGUAUAAUAUCCGUGAUCGAUGUACAUUAAAAAAAAAAAAAUAAAAAAAAAAAAAUCAUUCCGGACCGCCUAUCGGUUACUGAUUGCCCGGCUAUUAUCGACUAAAGAUAACUAUAUAUAUAUAUACAUGCAAUAUUAUAAUAUGUACGGCGUGUAUACGUAGGUAUAUAUUAUAUGCAUGUAUAUAUUAGGUACGGACAGCAGUGUUGCUGCAGCGUACGAUUUUGAGAUUCACGACAUCGCUUAAUAUGUUGCCUGCGUACCAGCUCCUCUUAACGUAUAAAUUAUAAUAUCCAUCUAAUUAAGCGCGUCUAUAAGACGAUUUUAAUUAACAAUCGCGACGGGGAUCUAUAUAUUUAUAAUGCGCGUUCGCGUUUUCAUUUUAUAAGUAUACGCACCGCGUGUACGUAUAAGUUUCGUAAUUAGCCCGGUUUAUUAAGUACGAGACGUGCGCGUUUUGAAAAAAAUAAACCGUACGGACCGUUGUCGAGCUGCUGUGUACAUAUUAUAAUACAGGGUGCUCACCAUGUAUUAUGUGUUUUUAAUUUUUAAAGGGUAUACGUAUACAUUAUAGAAAUACAUAUGUAAGGGGCCAUCAGUGUUGUAUUAAAUAUUCGUGGGUCCCUCUAUGUAUAGGGACUAAGUUAAAAUGUCGGGUGGUCACUGGCCACUCGAUAAUUAUUACCUAUACACACAGGUCUUUAAUCUUCAAUUCUCGCGAUGUGCUUGUUUGUUUAGGUGAUGGUAUAACACACAAACACCUAUUUAUUUUUGCCAUAUUAUCAGAUUUGAAUAUUAUAUUGUGGUUUUAUCUCGGGUUUAUUUUAUAUUUAAUAAAUCAUAUCAGAAAAUAUUCUACUCCCCAAAUCUUACCAAACCCAAUCACAAUAUAAAAAGGAUUGAAUGAAACCGUUAAUGCCGUAAAUUUUAACGUUUUAUCUCAAUCAUUAAAAAAACUACACGAAAAAUUAAAAAAAUAACAUUCUCAAAUGUCCAACUAGAUCCAAAAUGCUAUACGAAAAGUUCACUUAUUAUAAUAUUUAAUUGGAGCAAGAUUCCCAGUAGAAAAAUUGUUCACAGACACAAAAAAUAAAAAGCUUUUAAAAAAAACAUACAUUGUAAAACCAAUACAUUCCUCGCUACGGCCAGAAUUUAAAAAAUUUAACAAUACUAAUUACGUUAAUAUUAUAAUAAUAUAUUUUUUCUCACGAUAUUAUAUUUGGAGGUUUUUAUAUUAACCCAUUCCUAACGUGCGGCGCAGGGUAAAAGUAUGUAUCACCAGCAGACAACAAUGCAGUCAUUUAACUUGAUAAUCCGAUUUCCGAAAAAAAAAAAAAAAUCGGAGUAAACGAUGGUUAUAAAACGUUCUUGUUUCAUUUUAAAAAUAACAAAUGGUAAAAAAAAAAAAAAAAUACAUAAUAUAUUAAAUUUGCAAUGAUAGUGUUAGGUAUCCUUAUAUUCCCGCGAAGUCAUAUCCGUCUGUAAAAAACGAAAAUAAUUGGGCAGCGGAUUAGUGGAAAAGUGUUAUCAUCGUUUAGGCGGUCAUUGUCUUCUCCUCCUUUGAUUUCAUCCCGACCAUUUGGAAUCGGCCACCGUCGUCCUUCCACUUCCAUUUGACUCGAUCCCUCCACAUCGUUGGAUGCGUUCUAAAUCGCACCCGAUCGCCUCUUUUUCGGAUUUUCCCCUUCCCCUUAUUUGCUCCUACAUUUAUUUGAAUAUUCAUACUUGCCGCAUCCCAUUGCUGUCCCCUCCCUCCUUUUCAUGGCGGCAAUUAAGGCUAUCGUUACGAAAAAUUUUACAAUUUUACAAAACCCGAGGAAAUUCGGAAAACCGACACGGCGAGCCCCAUAAUGCCACUCGGCGACAGCGUAUCUCGCUCCACUCGCACCACGUUACGGGGCACACAUAGGCGCGGCGGCAUCGCCCGUUUCCGCGACGAUGGGGUAAUACUCGGCGACCGCGUCAUUGAUGCAGCAGCGAGUAUUGUAAUGAUUGAAACGAGUCUGCGCGCCUACGCGAGUGCGCCGCGGACAAACCUUAAAUGGCCGGUCGGCCGCGUCCGUCGUCGCCGCUGCGCGAGUUUGCGCGUCUCGUUUUGUAUUAAAAACGCCGGGCCGCGGGCGUGGCGUAGGCCGCGGCCGUAGGCACCAAGGCCGCCGCCGCCACCGCCGCCACCGCGGUAAUAUUGUAAUGCGCUGACCGGCGAGGCGGCAUCUUCGGCCGAGUGUCGGCUCGAUAAUAAUCGCAAUUGUUGUACAUUAUAAAGUAAUGUCCCCGUAAUGAAAUCCGAAAAUUUCAGGACCGAAAAUGCCGACGUAAUAAUAAUAUUCAAUGAAAUAUUCUAGAGUUUUUUUUUUUUUCCGACCUAGAGAUAAUGUGGAUAAAAAUGAUGUUAAAAUUCGUUAAAAACACGAAUUACGAUAAUUGUCAUUUGUUUUGGAGUGGAAAAUAGGUAAUAAUACAAUAUUAUUGAUUUAAACACACCAAACCGUGUUCAAUCGCCGAACUUCGCGUUCAGAAUCGUUUUUCCUUUGUAACGAUUUAUCGUUGCGAACGAACAGAACACAUAACCUAACGUACAUCUUAUACCUUCUGAACUUCCCGCUUAUAUUUUGAAAGUUUAUCCCGGGGAACAGAGCCCCGCAUCUACCAUCAGGGAAUAAUAUAUCGAUCGACUAUAAUAAUUGCUCGCGGCCGCUCUCAGCGCGUACGUUCAUUGUAAAUAUUAUCUCAUGAUAAACUGUUAAUAGUGUGUACCCUGUAUACAAACACACAUAAUUUUAUGUAGUACGUGUGUACGCGCUAACGGCCAACACGAUUUUUCGUCUAUGAUCGUCGAAACACACACGAAAAUCACCGUAUUACCUUUUGUUUGUAUAUACUGUACCUAUAUAACUAUAUAAUAUAAUCGUGCUUUAUAUCGACGUCUUGCACAUGGGUCCUUGACCUCAAAGUGCGGUGCCUAUCUUUAUAUUAUAUUAUAAUAGAUAUGCAUAGGUAAUACACAAAAUAUUAUUAUCUCUUAUCGCAUCAGGGCAUCGGCCAUCAGAGGUUCAUCAAUAAAAUUUAGUACGCCCUCAUCACCAUUACUUAAAAAAUAAUGAGGUCCGAAAUAAUAUUUAUAUUAUAAUUUCUUUUAACCGACUUGACAAUACCAAACAAACCUAUCUGAAUCGUUUAACGAAUAUAAUAUAAUGCAUGCAGGUAUAGCAAUAAAGUCGACCUUAGAAUUAUGAACACAGUGUACCAAAUAGACACUAUAUCGAGGUAUUAUGAAUUAUACACGGUUAUGCAAAUAAUGAUAACAUUUGAGCACUAAAUUAAAAUAAUCGAAAUAAAUGUCUACCCGUAUUAUAUAUGUAUUGUGCAAGUAUUAUAUGCGCAUAGACAAUAGUAGAAUCAAAUGUAUUAUUUUAUCUGGCAGUUAUAACCUUAUAAUAUAUUCUAUAUUUUGUUUGUUUACAGCGUGUCAACUAUGCGCAAAAAAAUCUCGUGGAGGAAGAGUUCGUACCUUCCGUUACUGCGACAUGCAAAGCUGGAUACAUGACGAUUAAAGUCACCACCAACGAGCCUUUUACUGGUUAGUUAACAUUGUUUUUUAAAUUUUAUUUUAUUGUUAAUUAUAAUAAUUGCGUGUCGCAAUCGUUUUAAUAAGCCAAUUACACGAUAAUGAUUAUUAAGGGCACAAGUAUUACUGUACUCUAUUGUAAUGUAAAUAAUUUGUUUUUGAACAAAACAUAUGGUACGUUAUUUAAAAAAAAAAAUAUAUUUAUACAUUGUGUCACAUUUUCUAUGUGCAACUAAAAUAAAUGCAUACUGCACACAUAGGCAACUAAUAAAUUAUACAAGUAAAUACCGUUCAUGAAAAUAACAUUAUUCAAUUAAUAUAUACUAAUAUUUAAAGAGUAUAGACAAAUAGAGAAGUACAAAAGUAAAAAUAAAAUAUUAAAAUCAUUCGAGUUUGAUUGAUAAAUACUGUUGUUAUAAUAUUCACUUGGCACGUAAUUUAAAUACAAUAUAGGUAUUAGGCAGGUAUAUUAAAAUAAGUAGUCACCAUUAUUAUCAAACGUUUUGUAACUAUAUUUUACAUGUGGUAACAUAUUAAGAAUGUGGUUUUUUUUUUUUUUUUUUGGUUGACUGCUUGGCUAUCCUUCGAAUCCCACGUUUUCUAUUACUAUGAACAGUUAGUAUAAACAACUGGUCAUAAAAAUUGUUUUAACAUGGCACGCCGGAAUGCAGUACACACCUAGCUAUGUAAUAUGAUGUAGCCUUUACAAUCAGAAAUGCGAUAUGGAACUAUUGUAAAACCGCAAUCGUCGUCGGUUCGAUGUAAUUCGAAAUUUUAUUUUUUAUUGUACCCUAUCUAAACGCCUAAAACGACGUUUUGACCAAAGGCCGUCAGCGUAAACCUUCUGUAUGUAUAGUCAAUACUCGACAAUGAAUAAUAGAAACACAACCUACCUACCAAUAUAUAAGCUGAACAAUAGUCUUUUCUUUUAAAAUUUAAUUUCUUUUUAAAAUCCCUGACGAGGCCACCCAUUAUUAUCGUAUAUUUUGUUUUGUGGCCUCUGCAAAAAUGAAAAAAUAAUGAUUUUCAAAAUGUUUUAUUACACAAAUGCGUCCAAGUAUAACAACACACCAUUAUACAUAAAGCAAAUAGAACAAAUGAAAUUAUCGCCAAUGAGAUUUUUCUAUUAAACGUGAGUAUAAUAUUUUAAAAUCACCCUGAUUUUAUUAAUUAAAACUAAUGUUAUAUAUACAUAUAAUUAAACUGGUUUUUUCGAGAAUAUAUUAUAAGAACAGGUAUCAGAGAUUUUUUUUUUUUAAAUUUAUAACCUAUUAACUAUUUCAACGACCCACGUAGAUGAAGAGUUACUAUUAUACGUCUAGUUUAGGUACAUAUUUUGAAUUUAAAUAUAAUAUAACCGAUUACAUAAAUUUAAGAAUAAAACGUAGGUGCAUUUUAAUUAGUUUAUAAUCUAUUGGGAACAAUUUUAAUUCCUCAACUAUUUUUCGUUAAAAUAUCUUUUAGACAUGUGAUAUUAACAUAAAUACAUAAUAUAUUUAUAGCUACCAUAUUAUAUAUUAUUAUACGUACAUAAAUUAUUGUAAAUAUAUCCAAAAAUAUUGAUCUUAAAUACACGAAUAUAUAUUUUAAUACUUACCUAUUCGUAUAGUAAUGUAUCAUGAUUUGUCAAACUUACGUUUUUACAAAAAAAUAUUAUGUAUGAUUUAAUAAGACAAACAAUUUUAAAUUAUUAUUUUAAUUUGUGUUACUUGGUCAAAUUAUUAGCUACGCACCGACGGAAACAUAAUUAGAACUCAAAUUAUAUACAAUUUCACAAAAAGAGGUGUGAACCAAUAUAAUCAAUAAUUCCAUUGUUUUUCGAAGUCAAUAAUUCUAGUUUAUAAAGUAACAUUAACAAAUUUCACCAAGGUCUAUUUACCUCACCUUUUCAUGGGAUUUAUCAAACUUAUAUUUUAUGUAAUUUCCGUAUUCAUGAUGUACAUUGCAAUUACAUUGAACGACCAUACAUUAUACGAUCGAAAUCAGAUAUUCUGUUUGAAGAAAUUUCAAUUGCAUUAUAUUUUUUAAGUUAUUUUAUCCGCUUCUCUUAAUUUAUUUUUAUAGUUCAGGAUACCUUUAUAUUAUUUUUUUAGUAUCUUCAGAUAAAAAAUAUACGCUGUAACUCGUGUAAUUUAAAUAUUUUUUUUAUUAUUUGACUUUCUAUACCUACGUAUAAUUCGAAUCGAAGAAAGUUUGUGUAAUCAUUUUUGAAAAGUAAUGAUUUUAUAAUUAUAUUACUAAUGUCAACACUGUAGCGCGAUUGUGAUGUUAUAGGUAUAUUAUUAUUGUUUACAUAAUAUUUUAUGCGCUAAAAAUGUGAAUUAUUACGCGCGUCUAAUAUACGAAACAAUUGUUUAAUGUGCACUCGGGAUAUACAUAAUAAUAAUAUGAUGUGUACAUUAUGAAAAGUGAAAAACUACUUUUUUUUAUUACUCUAUGGUGCACAAAUAACAUAUUAUGUCUGCGUAUUAAUGUAGGUAGUAUGUGUAUUAUAAUGCACAUUGCACAUGGUAAAAGAAAAUAUGUUCAUUCAUCAAUCAUUUCUAACCGGAUAAAAUUAAAAUGCCUACGAUCAAAUGAAUACAUGUAUAUACCUAAUUUAAAAAAUUAAUACCUAUAAUAUAAAACAGACAAUAAAAAAGUACUUCUCACUAGGGUCGUAGGUAAAGAUUGUUAAUGGAGGGGGUUUAGACUUUAAAUAAUUAGCAAUAGACUGACGUAAAAAAAAACUAAUACAGAUAUAGGUAUAUUAAUAAAAUAUUUUCAAUUAUUUUUAAAAAUAAAAUGUUGUACAAGUAAAUUUAAUCAUUGUCUACGUCAUGUUAAUUUGUUCACAAUUCGUGUCUAUUUGUAAUCUAUUCUGAGAGGAAUAUAAAUCGUAUGUAAUAUGGACAUAUUUUUAAUCAAAUAAAAUAAUGAACAUUUUUUAAGGCGCGGCUUGAAAACACGAGAACAUUUUUACUAACCCAAAAUGUGUUUUCAGAAAAAAAAAAAAAAACGUAGUAAUAUAACUUCUUCGCUCUUCUUCAAAAUCUAAAAAUAAAAAUAAAUAAGUAAAAGUAUGUACAAGAGAAAACUUAGCUGAUAUAUUGUUAUUGGCUGCGUUUUAUUUGUACGACCAGUUUCAAUUUUAACAAUACCAUCAUCACCAACCGGUAUUAUACUAUGAUGAUUUUGUGGUAAUAUGCUGGUAUUAUAGUGGUAUAUACUAUUAGAAUGAUGGUAGUGACAAUAACACGAUGUUGAUUUUUAAAAUCGAAACCAGUCGUAUAAAUAAUAUGCAACCAAUAACUGCACACACUUGCAAGACGAUUUUUUUCUUGUAUGAUAUUUUAUACUGUUACUUAUUUUAUUUUUCAUUUUUCAAUAAGUAACUAGGUAUUCUAAGAGAACGUGUUGCCUCCCUUAUUUAAGGUGUUUCGUAUAGGCAAUUUUCUCAAUAUUUCUGAAAAUAUGAAAUAUCAUCAAUUCGUAAAUAUUCAAAUUCACUUUCAAAUACAUUUACAAAUAGUCCCAUGCAUAUUAUCACAAGCAUUUAUUGUUUAAUUGUGAAAUUAACAUAAAUGUUCACAAAAAACUGUUUCUCGCUAUCAAAAUUACACGGGCUAUGUACUUGGUGAAUGUAUACCGAAUUUUCAACUUAAAUUAAAAUAAACAUGCACUGUGCAACGUUGGUUUUAGUUUUUCGAUGUCACUAUUACAAAAUAUGUUACUCGAGUUUGAAAAACUUAAAACUAUCAGAUUUUUAAACAAUAAUGGCUUUUUUUUUUGUAUUUGUAAUAUCGAAACAAUAAACUGACGUUUCACAGUGCAAGACCUUCUUUUUUUUAAAAUUUGGUUUCUUGAUUAAGUCUACUGACCGCGUAAUUUUUCCCCGCGACGAACCUAUUUUUAUACAGUCAAUAACGGGUGGUACCACGCCCUCUUAUAACCGUUACAAAACGAUUUUUUUUUUUUUUCGUUUUGUUCAUAAUAAAAUGCUUAACUAUUAUUAUACACGCGGUCUUGAUGGUUUUUUUUUCCCGCAGGGGCCAUACACGCCAAAGACUAUCGUUCGUCCAGUUGUUUGAGUUACGGUAACGGUACCAAGCUCACCACUCUCGGCAUCAAUCUACUGGCCACCCAGGGAUCGUCCGAUUACUGCGGUAUAUCCACCAACAACGUACGUAUACACACUCUCUCUCUCUCUCUCUCACUAUAUAUAUGUAUGUAUAUUGUACAUACCUAGUAACAAUAACAACGACGAUAAUAUAUGAAUACCUUGGCGUUUUGCGAUUGCGCUUUGUACUGCAAUAAUAAUAAAAAUAGUGUAAUAAUUUGUACCGUUUGUCUGUAGAUAGGUAGUCGUUAUAAUACACAUUACUAUUAUGUUAUAAGGUACACUGUCGCGUUAUUAUUUCGGCAUCACGGUGUCGUUGUCGUCGCGGCGAGACAGCGGAUGACCGCCGUCCACAUGACAUUAAAAAACAUAAUAUAUAAUAUUUCGGGUUCCACACGUGUAUUAUAGUAUUGUGUAUUGUGCGGGCACAUACACGAUCACAUGGGAAAAAAAAAAAAAUCGUUAUGCCCAAUUUCAUGGUGUAGGUACCUUAUACCUAUCUCGGGAGUAUGCGCGCGAUAUAAUGAUAAUAUAUAAUAAUAUAAUUUUUGCUACACGAUGGCAUAUUCGUGUGUCACAUAUUAUACAAUAAUACAAACACAUUUUUUUUUUUUCUUAUACAACGGACGAACCGUCAUCGCACAUAUUUUUAUAAAAUCGUAUUAUUAUUAUGUUUAGAACGCAUACUUGCGCCGGUACAUUAAAAUAUGUGUGAAACCGAAAAGUCAAUUGUAUUUCCGCCCGUCAAUUUCGCGAACGUACGCCUAAUACAAUAUAGAAUAUUAUGUUGAUCAUCGUGGCGUAUUAUAAUAUCCAGCUAUUAAAGAACAUUAUAUACAGUGUAUAGCCAAAUGAGAUGCAUCUCUUAUAUUAUUGUCGUAGGUGUCGCGCAGGUAUAAGUCGUUUUCGUAUAAUAAUACAGGCAUUCGACUUGUAACAUCAAUGCGCGCACCUUCAAUAUUGAAAGCAUUUUUUUUUUUUUUAUACUUCUCAUUGAUAUACCACUCGUCUAUAAUUAUUAUGUACGUAUAUAUUCUUAAACUGUCUCGAAAAUCAAUGCGACACUUUUGUAUUGUUUAGCUUGAAAUAUUCAAGCUAUUCUUGAGAAUUUUUCGUUCGGCCACAGUACAACAUUUUUUUUCUUACAAAACCAAAUUUAGAGAUUAGCAUAAUUUAUACAAAUACAUAAAGUCAAGACUGAAGAGUGUAUAAAGAGGUAAACUCGUUUUUUUUUUUUGUUUUUUUUGAGGAAACUAUAUAAUAUAGUUGACGGAAAUGAACAUUUGUUUUGGAUAGAAUUAAUGUAUGCUCGAGAAUCCUAGAUAAUUUAUGUUGAUAAAAAAGUUAAAUAUAAACAUUUAAAACAAGUUAUUCUACGAAUUUACCUUUUGUACUUUAAUCUAUUUCAUUUAGUAUAUACCUUCAUAUUAUAAAGUUGCACAUUAUAACGGAAGUUUAUGAUGCUACAACACAGUGUUAACUAUAGAAUAAUAUUUCUAAUUAAAAAUAAAAAAUUACAUUUGGCAUUAAACCAACAACAAAAAUUAUCAGAUAAUCUCAAACGUUACUGUAAUAUAAAUUGCAGAAUUUACCUGCUUAAUAUUAUCGUCUAUGUACAGCAAUAACUAUAGCACACUGCAAUAAUUUAUAAUAUUUACCAUAAUAUAUUAUUAUAAAUUAUAAUAGGUGAUGGGUAUUAUUAUUAUUAUUAUUUUUUUAUCAAUGAUUGAAUAAAUGAACCAUGUUCAAAUAUAUUAUUUCAGUUUCAAUGUAUCAACUAUCAUAUUGAUUUAUUAUCAUAACAUUAUGUAGUUUUCAUUAAAAAAAAAAUAUGGAAUCGACAUUUUAAAAAUUUGACUUAAAAAUUGUUUACGUUUUAUAAUAUUAUAAAUUAUUAAGUGUAGAGUAAAAUGACGGUAAGAGAAUAGUCUUUCGUUUAAAAUAUUUCGAAUCUUAAUGCUUUUAGAAUUACGGAAAAUUAACCAAAAUCCGAAUCAAAAUGCUGUAGUACUUUUCUUGAUUUUAUUUGUUGUACAGUGUUGUACCUCAUUUUUAAAACUACAGUAGACGUUUCAAAAUAUUUCUAAAUAUUGUUAUGGAUUCAAUAGAUUUACUGAUCACGGCUACUGGCUAAUAGUUAUAUAUAAAUAGCUACUAAAUAGUACAAGAUAAACUGAUAUACAUGCAGGUAUACAAAUAUCCUACAAAGAUAAUAUACCCGUCGUUAUAUCUCCAGAAAUAAUAAAGAUGAUCAAAUUCUGUUUUUGCUACAUUACUCACUAAAACAUGGAUUACGAAAAUUUAUAUUUUAAUUAAUUUUUUGUUUUGGUAAAAAACUUAAAAAUAUAAAUUUGUAUUUUAUAUUUUUUGAAAUAUUUGAAGAUGGCUAUUCUAUAGAGUUUAUUCUUCUAAAAAUUUAAACGUAUCGAUUUUUUUACUUUCAUUAUAUUCGUCCAGAGAAAAAUGUGUAUAAUCAAUUAGCCAUGAUAAUAAUAAUUGAUCUAAAUUUUUAAAUUGGCAUAGCAACAGGUAUAGGUACAUUUCAGAUAAAUAUAGUUAUUAAUUAUUAUUUACAAAAAACAAAAAAGGGAUGAUUCUGAACCUAUCCCCAGAAGCCACAUACCUUACUAUUGUGAGUGAAAAGUUGGGAAGGUAGAAUACAUAAAUUAGUUUAAUUUUUAUCUGUAAGUAAUGAUAAACCAUUGGUAACGAAAUACAAUUCUGGGUUAAGUUCAGUUAUACUUUUUUUGAAAUGCCCUAAUAUUUACGAUUUUUGUCAAAGUUUGAUUAUAAAACUCUUAUAAAAAAUGUGUGUAUAGUAAAUUAGCCAUUAUAAUAAUAAUCAAUUAUCGAAUGUUAUUACAAUUUGUUGCAUAACAUAAAUUGAAAAAAUUAUCAAAUAUCAUAAAUUAAAUAAAUAUAAAAAAUUUAAACAUCAAAACUGUCAGAUGUAUAAACUCUAUAAAAUUACUAUCUUCAAAUUUUUUGAAAAUAAUAAAAUAAAAUUUAAUUCAAAAUAUAUAUAUUUCUGUAGUCUUUAUCCUUGGGAGUGAUAUAAAAAAAAAAAAAAAAAACAGAAUUUGAUUGUUUUUAUUAUCUCAAGAGAUAUUGCAAUGGGUAUAUCUUGGUGCGACACUUUGUAUACCUUGAUUUUAUACGUAAAAUAAAUUUUAUCAACCUUAUCUAUAGAUAAAUUUACUAUAUUGUAAGUGAAAAAAAAGCAGCUGUUCUCGUCCGGAAAAUAGUGUUAAAAAUUAUACGGCCGGGCCGAGAAUUGAAUCAGGGUCUUUCAUUUUUCGUACAAUUGAGUUCUGACACUAUUUCAACUGGAUUUAAUCGAUCUAACGUCCCGGGUUUGAGCGGUUGGUGGAGUAGUCGUGUGCACGGUUGAGGGGACGACGACAUGCUCGGCGGCCGUGUCGAGAAUGCUUUCACUAAUAUGAGGGGAGCGGGGAUACAAGGUAAAACUGAAUAAUAAAGGAUAAGAGGUUACAAACAGAUAUGAUCGUACAACUAUGGGGAAGAUUGGGCUUUUCAUAGUGUUGGCCUUUUUUUUAAAAAAUUAGGAGAAAUGGACACAUAGGGAAUAUUUGCUAAAAAGUGGCAGAAAACUCACUAUAUUUUCAUGAAUUCAUCCAUUUUAUUCACAAAUUACAAUCUUUAAACGUAAUAAUAGUUUUUGAACAAUAAAGUGCUUUCUGGUUGAACUUGAAAAAAAAAAUGAUAUUCGUGCUAAAAUAAUAAUAAUAAAAGCUGAUGAUGUGCUUGUUAUAGACGGGAAGUUGGGUAGAUAGGUAGGAUACAUAAAGUUAUUUAUAAAUUACUUUGAAAACCUCUUGAAAAAUCAAAAAAUUAUCUCUUCAAACUAAUACUCGCUAUGCUCAGAAUCUAAAACUCAUAAUAAUGUCUGAAUUAUUAUUGCGUAAAUCUAGGUUUACCCACUAAUUUUGAUUCGAAUUCAGGAUCGUGAAUAUACCUUGAAAACGUUUUAAUGAUUUUGAAUUGCAUAUUUGUAUAUUAUGUAUACUCAUACCGUACUUAUAACAACCAUCAAAUAUAGGUAUCAAAUAUGCCAAUAUACCUAUAUUGGCACCAUUUAGGGGAAAUUACUAAUUAUUUAUAUUUACUGUUAACAGUUGUAAUAUUUCAUAAAGUUUUCAAAAGAUACCCGUUGUAAUCUGUCAUGCUCACGAUGAAAUGAAAUAUGAAAAUCAUUUACCUAUUAUAUAUAUUAUAGGCGUAUAAUAAUAUAUUUUUACGCGCGUUUAAAAUUGUAAUAAUUCUUUUACGGUACCUAUACACUGUAUUAUUAUUAUAACAGUUUUUUGACAUUUUUUGAUUGUGAGGUAUAAAUAAUAGAAUUCUAUCGUAUUGCCGCACGUUUCAAUCGUCAUCAUCGCGUUAAUGUUAAUUCUACGAGCAUGACCAAUAAAUAUACUAUUAAGACGGUACUAUAAGUAAGUAUAUAAUAAUAUAUAGAUAUAUACGCAUUCAUUCUUCCGCAAAAAUGACAUUACCUUGUCAUUUCCAAUUCCGGUGACGAAUAGAAACAGGUACGCCUGUACUACUGUUAUAUACCUAUUACCUACCACAUUACACAUUAUGCUCUUUUCAAUAAAAAAUUGAAACACGUAUUCGGCGGUAUUUUUUUUCGUAUAUAUAUAUAUAAAUAGUAAAUACGUCUAUUUAUAAGUUUAUUGUAAAAUAAUAAUGUAUAGGUACUGGUACAAAUUGGCCUACAUUUUUAAAUUGGUAUAUCAGGGUAUAGGUACAUUUCAGACAAAUAUAGUAUUUAAUUACAACGUUCAAAAAAAAAAAAAAAAAGACGCCCUAGAAUAAUGAGGACGGGUGCAGCCACUGUUAUAGAUAAUUUAAUGUGCACCUGUAAGUAGCGAUAAACCAUUGCUAAUGAAAGAACGAUUCUGAACGGAGUUCAAUUGAUAGUGACGCUUUGUCAACAAUAUAAAUGUCAUAUUAUAGUAAAAUGAUUAAAUAGGCUCUAUAUAUUUUUUCUAAUAAUAUUUAUUUAAUGUUGUACCGAUUUCUUCGGUUUUCCUUUUUUUUUUUUUUUUGGUUUUUCGCAUUUGUUGAGAAAAUUCUUGAUAAAAUCGAAAAAUGACCUUUUUAAGAUACCUCCACGCACUAAUUUCCUUUCAGAAAAGUUGCUACACGUAAAAAUCGGAGCAAGUCUUUUAGUAGAAAAAUUGUCCACAGAAAAAAAAAAAUUAACAUCUUUGUAAAACCAUAAGCUUCGCUCCACUCAGAAUUUAAAAUUACGUUAGAUAAAGUUAUGAAAAAACAUAACAAAAAUUGACUUAAGCUAUCUUUCCUUGGAAUCAAAGAUAUAUAUACAAGAUAAGAUAUAUAUAAGAUAUAACAAUAACUUAUUAAUAGGGCAGGGAUUUCAAUGCACUUUGCGUUAUUUUCCAAAGGUUGCUCGUCCAGUCAAAAAUCUGUACCAUGCGCUUUUGAAUGAGAAUAAAAGAAUUUAUUUGCAAUUUUUAACAAUUAUUAUUUUUUAUCGAAUUUUUAGAGUUUUUAGAGUAUUUUUAGAAUUUUUUGGAUACAAACUAUGAAUUUGAAAUUGUAUUUUAAGAUUUUUACACACAGAAAGGAUUUUUAUAAAAAUUUAACAAACUAUAUAGUAUAGGUACUCGUCACUCCUGCUAUGUUAUCGGAGGACAAUAGUUGGAAUGUUGAAACAUAGAUAACGAGUGGAAGCGUUUACGAUAAAAGUAACGUGGUAUAUUUAGAAUCACUAAAUCUUAAAAGGUAAAAUCGAUUUUUUUUUUUUUGUUUUUAAGCUUUUUUUAAUAAAUUUAAAGUAAUUUUCACAAUGCCUUUUUGAGGUUUUUAAGUCAUUUUUGCAUUUUUUUUUUUUAGAUUUUUCAGGGCAUUAAAAAAAUUCCAGCUCUGUUUAUUAUAGCCUAGUCGAUUUUCUCGAGUAUAUUUCCAACAAAAUAAUAUUAAUUCAAUUUACAUAUUGUGAUAUAUAAUAUAAUAUCUUUUUGUAUAUAAAAAUAAUAUAUAUAGUUUUCCUAUAAAUAAUUGGAUAUAUAUUUUUUUAUUUAUUAUGGUUGGUUUUUUUUUUCGCGAAAAUUGUGUAAAUAACCAUAAGUACCUAGUGUUGGUUAUGGUAGAGUAGUUGACCACGGUAGUGGAGUCGUACACCGAAGCCACCAAACAAACGGGGAAAGUGCAGGAACGGUGGGGACAGAUGAUUCGUGGAGGUGACGAAAAAAUUAUUUAUUACGCGAGCAUGUCUAAUAAACGCGAUUGAAACACGUUAUAUAGGUACAUACUAUUUUUUUUUAAAUUAGGAAUGACCAAAUUGUUUUCUUUUUUUUUUCUCGCGGUGGACAAUUUAUUAUUACCUAUAUAAUAUAUACCUGUAUAGUUAUAUAAUUAAACCGCAACAUAUACAUAACGGAUUCCUUAAUAAAAAUACCUAAAUAGGUUAAGUUAGGUUAGGUGCCCAUAAAAAUUUAAUACGAAAAUUAUAGGUACAACAUUAUUAUAAUCUGGCUUAAGAAUAGUGACGAAUAACAUUAACGUGUUAUUAUAUACCUACAUUUUUUUCUCAUGAUAGUUUUAUAUUAGGUACCUACUAUACGGCUAAACCAUCGCACGCAAAGUGGAAGUAGGAUAAUAUUAUACUGAUUUAUAUAAUUAUUUAUUAAGUUGACAACAAAAUGUUAUAAUGUUUUUAUAUAAAUCCGGGUGUAUAGUCAGCACUGCAAUAUAUGCAGUCUGCGUUAGUGCGUCUGCACGUUGCAUUACCUAUAAUACGAGUAUUAUAUACGUAAUACCUAUGUGCAUUUAUAAAUAUUAAUCUUUUUUUUUAUACAGGUUAUUAAAAAAUAAAUGGUCACAUAAUUCUGGAUUAUGUUCUUUAGAUAAAAUUAGUAAUCACACGAUAAUCACGAUUUAUGACGUUCGUAAAUACCAAAUCAAAUCCAUAAAAAUGGUUCUAGUUAGGUUUGGGUAUGUAAACCAACAAAACGUUUUUAUAUUCAUAAACAAUAUUCAGUUUAAAAACAUCGAGUUUAUUGAUACUUUUAACCAUAUAAAAUAAAUAUUUGAAAAAAUAUUAAAAUGUUAUAAAUAAUUAUUUUUGACCUAAUAAAAUAUUAUGAUUUGUAAACGGUUUUUCCAAUUCGUUAUAUUAUCACAUAAACUGGCAAUGAACUAUUUGUAUGUGUGGUGUGUGUGUGUGUGUGUGUGUGUGUGCGUGUUAAACAUUUACUUAUAAUGAAAUUAAGAAAUUAGUUGAAUUAGUUCAAUAACAUCUUAAAUGUUCAGACAGAUUUUAAAAAUAAUAUUAUACUUCAAUAUUGUAUAGACAGUAAAUAAAACUUUUUAAAUCUAUGUUAUCUCAUUUUACUCAUUUGCGUUUUACAAAAAUAUAAUAAAGAAUAGAUAAGCUAGACCUGUACAAAUUUUUGUUCCCGAAUUAUGGUGAACAGGUGACUUUUUACACUAUUUUACAUGAUAAGAAAUCGUAAUAACUAUUGGUAAAGUGAAUAGCAAAUAAUUUUAUCAUUAAACAAUUCUAGUAUUAUAUGCCUUGAUAACUGCCCAUUUCUUUAUUAAAACUGUAUUAGCAAUUUCAAGUUCAUAAUUUAUUCUUCUUCUCCUUUUUAUUCACCUUCAUCUCAAUUAUUUUGAUGGUUAGCGAUCCUCGUUCUAAACUUCUACUAGACCCGAUCUUCUACCUUGCAUAUACCGACUGUCCUCUUAUCAUUCUCAAUUACAUAUAACCACUUCCUGUGUAGUCUUCUUCUCCACCUAUUUCCUUUUAUUUUUAUUUUCAUUACAUUUCUUACUGCUUCUAAUUCCUUUCACCCUGUGACAUGUCUGAAUCAUCUGUCUAUAUUCUCUAAUUUUUUCUACUAUCGAAACCACGCCUAAGCUACCUCUUAUGUACUCAUCUUCCCAUCUCUUAUAUAUCCCAUCUUCUCUCGUUAUUUCACUUAUUUAUUAACCAUUCUGAUCUCUGUCACACUCAUUCUCUGUCUAUGGCCCAACACUCCAAACCAUACAACAUAGUUAGUCUCACCACCUUUUGGUAAUAAUUAACUUUAAGUCUCAUUGGAAUUCUCUUGUUAUACAAGGUGAUUCACUAAGCAUGCUCACCCUAUUAUUUUGGUUAAAUUGUACAUGUAUUCAAAUUCUGUAUUUUGGAAUUUUUAAGCGUAGUUCAAAACGAUAUUUUUGAAUAUUUAGAUUUUUCACAACAUUUAAAGAGUAUCCCGUGGCGAUACCAACUUUGGUUUUUUAAACCGAAUAUAACUUUAAAUAAAUGUUGGUGUUAAAAUGUUUAAUUGUCAACCCGUUUACGAGAUAUUUUACUUUUAAUUUUAGGUAGGAGGAGAGUAGUGAAGCACUAAUAAAACGCCGCGCGCCGUGCCACCACACAAAUGAUACUUCACUCCAUCUAUUUAUAGAAUUUUCAAUAUAAGUUUUUAUUUGAAAAACCAAAGUUGGUAUCCCACAGGAUACUUCUUAAAUACCCGCGCAUAUCCGAGAUGGUACAAUGCACCAAUGUCUUGUUUAGAAUUUAUACUGUUUUGCAGAAUUCCACAUAGGCUGACGACCUGAUGUAACCCUAUUUGUCGUCUUCCACAAGGAGAAGUUUAUAAUUAUUAUUAUUUACCCAAAUAUAGUAUAAUUAAACAAGGUUGAAAUAAUAGGUAAUCUAUAAUAUAUAAUAUACAAUUCCGUUCAUAUAAUAUUAAUAGACGAAAAUAAUCAUUGUAAUUGUUUAGAUACAACGUUAUCACGGUUCAGCCGCAAAAUGUAAACCAAUCGCCUAAAGCUACGGUUACAUUAGAGCCGUUUCCGAUCCGAUCCGACAAUCCGACUAGUCGGAAAAAAAACAAAAUCGUGAACAUUAUCGGUAAUGGCUAUAUUUAUACGACCUGUCCGUUUCCGAUGUACCGACUAGUCAGAUACGUCGGAAGAGAAACAAAUCGAUAUGAUUUUCUUCCGACAAAAGUCGGACAAAAUUAGAUUAUUUGGGUUAAAUAAUCGACAAUUUAUAAUCAAUAAUCAUACGUUUCUAUGCUAAUUCGAAAAUAUUUUUUAAACUUAUCAGAAUAUUCUUGAAGUUUAAUACACGUCUUAAAAUAUUUCUCGUUUUUAAAGUCGUUUAAUAAAUUAUGCGUCCAACAGGACCUUGUAUUAUUUAAAUAUAAUAUUUUACUAUCCGGUAAAUCAUCCCAUUCUGAGCUGCUAGAACUUAAAUACAUUUUGAAUAAAAAUCACCAAUGCAUAUGUGAACUCUAUCAAUACGUAGUAGGUAUAUACUAAUAUAUGAAUGUCAGAGUAGAUAAUAAGUACACGAAGUCUGUACGGAAUCGGAUAUAACGUAGCCACAAAUAUCGGAUGAGUAGGAUGGUGGUCGGGUCGGUCGAAUUGGAUCGGAAACGACUUAAUUGUAGCCGUAGCCCGAGACGUAGUAUAGUAGACUUGCGCCCCGGGACGUAUUGCGUAAUUUACUGUCUAAGGUUUAACAAACUCUUUUAAUAUAAUUGGUUUAUUCUCUGUGUAAAAAUUAGUAAUUCCAUUUAACUAUGUAGGUAUUCCUAAUUUGUGUUUUAUAUUCACUUGCGUAUUAAUGUUACGCUUGUUUUAGUACCCGAUGAUUUUUUUUUUUAAAUCGAAACCGACAUAAGCGUGCUCAUAGGUGCAGCACAUUGUAACCUAUAGGGUGCUAAAAGUUUUUCUGGGACAACCGGUUUUUUUAAGAAUGUGUAUAGUUUUAAGUUUAUUGAAAGAUAAUAGAAAUUUUUGUGGGUUCGUGAUACGAUUAUACUUUUAAAAUCAUAUUUUGACAAUACCAUUUAUCAGCUAGUCCCAUAUGCUUCAUAAAACAGUUAAUGAAAUGGGUGUUAUCGGUUUCUGCCAAAACCGAAAAAGAUAUGAUUUCCGUUUUUAACAAAUAUAAUUUGGGAACCAAUAGUGUUAAUGUAUAUAUUGCAUACAACGAUAGAUAAUCGUCGAUAACGAAAAUAUAAACAGCAUCAAAUAAUCGAUAAACCGUAAAUAUAGCGAUAGGUAAAUCAUAGUUGGUAUCAAAAAAUACAAGAAUUAGGUUUAACAUUUGAGUAUAAAAAUAAUUACUGGUUAAAACACACUUUUGGUUUAACAUUUUUGGACCCUUUUGAAAUAUCGGACUGUAAUUAUAAAAAAAAGUCCAAUGAAAUUAGCAGGUACACUUUUGUCAAACUGUUUCUUUUAAUUUGUUUUUAUUUUAUUUUUUAGCUGUGUUUUUUUUUUUUUAAAUCCUAUAAUUUAAUUGUACUAUGUAUAUUUUAUUUUUUUUUAUUUUGUUAUAUUCGUUAGAAAAAUAAUGACACCUACCUGAGAGGAGAGUAGUCUCCUCGCAUACCAUUCUCCCCCUCUAUAAUAUUUUAGUUUUCAUACCGCCCAUUGAGGUGGUAUCUAUUAAGAGAUUAAAUAGAAUAAUAAUGAAAAUAAUAUAGUUAUUUCCAUGAUGACUAAAUAUAUUUUUUUUAAGAUUAUAGAUUAAAAUUAUGUCAUUACUAUCAUGAUGAUUUUAUUUUGUUUCCAUAGAAAAGCGAUGAAAGAUCAGUAUCGAUAGUUAUAAGAAAACAUCGAACUUUAGAACUUGCCGACGAUAAGUACUAUGUCAUCACGUGUGGCAAAGCAGGAUUUAAGAAUUCCAAGUAAAUACAACGUCUAGACUCGAACUAGGCGAUAAAAUUCUAUAAAUGUUUAAGAAAAAACCAACAAGAUUAAAGCCACGAUUAAAACAUUACAUUUUGUUUUUCAGAAAUGAAACGUCGUUGGUAUCGUUAAAAUUCCUCGAGAACGGCAAAAGAAUUCAAGAUGUUGUUUAUAGUCAUCCGUACACAUUAAGAGCCGAGAUAUCACGACACGAUGGUAAAAUCAAUUUUUUUUGUUUAAACUAUUUAAACAACAUAGAUGACUAAAAUUUAUUUAUAAUUACGAUUUGCACAAUUUCACUUAAUAUUUUCAUACCUCAUAUGUAUAUUUUUCAAAUUAAAUUACAUCAUAUUUUUAUUUUAAAAAAUAAUGUAGGUACCUGCAUAUAAGAGAUAAUAGGUUGAAAAAAACGGUUUACAAAUAAGUUUUAACGUUUCAUUAGAAAUGGGGAAUUUAAUUUUAAAAAUGGUAUCUACUUCAUUUAUGAUUUUGCUGUUUAUUAUGAACGGAUAGUUGUUUCCUAAAAAACUAUCUUCACCACUUAUAAAAAUUAAUAUUAUAAAUCAUAUUUACGGUAUUACACAAAAUUAUAUAAAAAAUAAAAAUACCGCACUAUACGCUUCAGCUGUUUACCUACAUUCAAUAUCUACUCUCAAUUUGUGAUUUAUUAUGAAUUACAAAUAACAGCAAAUACUUAAAUGUAUUAAAACUGAAUUUUGAAUUAAAUUAAAGACGGUAUUUUAUUGUUUGCAAAUAUCAAUAAUAAUAUUAUUGAAUAUACACGUUUUGCGUGUUUGUUAUACAAUUCAAAACAAAAAUUGUUUUUAACGUUACAGGUGUCUAUGGAAUACGCGUUAAGAACUGUUUUGCGUUCAACAAGAGGAACAGCAGCGUCAACCUCAUCAAUGAGCUCGGGUAAGUGAACCCUGACACUACUAUACAAUGGAUCUCCCGCUGCACCGCGUUGCACAAUUAUGUGGUUUUUCUAGUUACAACUUCCAAAGACACUGGAAUUAGCGGUUUAAACUAAACUACGAUCGUUUUAUUUCGUUUUUUUUAUUUCCCUACGUCUCGUUGAAUGUUUUUUCUAAGAUAAUGACGAUUCGAAGUGACUUUCUCUUAUUUGUACGUAUCAUUUCGUUUUUCAACUUAUAAAUAGGUAUAAUAUCUAUUAUUAGUCAUUAGCUAUCCGGGAAGAGAAGAUGUUUUUUCUUAAAAAAAAAAUUGAUUAGUCUGAAGUUAACAAUUUAACAUCAAAACCGGAAGUAUAUUCGAAUGACGUUCUUGAAUGAUUCUAAAUCCACAUAGAAAAGAAACCCUCGCCUGUUUUUACCUAUAGUCCCGUGUUUUCGUUUACCUUUCUUUCGUUCCUUUACGGACUAGGUAGGGCCGUACUCCGAAUAAAUUGUACAUUAUAAUUUGAUGAUUAUUAUUGUUAUUUUUUAAUCGUAUAUUUUCAGAUGCCCAGCCAACACGAAGGUGAUAACGCCGUUCAAGUAUGAUCCAAAGUUUGCACACGCGGACGCGACGCUCUCGUCGAUGUUCCGGUUCGACCCGGACAGCCAAGAAUUGUACUUCCAGUGCGACAUCGAGGUGUGCCGGGGAGCGUGCACGGAAGCUGAUUGCGACGAUCCGUCGGCCUUGCAGCUGCUGCAGCAACAGCAACGGGUCAAAGACCAAUUUGCGAUGGAUUCGCAGUCGGAAAACGGCAGUUUAAUGGCCAGCACCACCGUUUUCGUGCUCCAACCGGGCGAGAUGGCCCGCAGCCAAGCGAUAUGCGAUAACCCCUCGGAGGGAACUGUACGACCGUCGUGGAUGCUGUAUCUGUGCAUCGCAUUCGGGCUUAUGUUUCUCAUCAUGCUCGUCAUCAACGUGUUCCUGUGCUCGGCGAUGACGUGUUCGUGUGCCCGCACCGACAUCGUCGAAAAGGAGCCCAGCAUCAUCGAGGACUACGACCCUUACCGUAGCUGGCACGGUUCGCAAUAUGGAUCCAGGUAAACAACGGGGCUAACAACUACAAUAAUAUCUCGAAAUAUUAUUGUGCUAUUGAAUUUUGUACACAAUGUCCUACCAUGUGUAUUCGACACAUUUCUAUGCUUCUGUUAAUAAUUAAUUUUUUUAAUCAGAUUUUUAUUCAGAGGGACAUAUAUUUAAAAAAAAAAAAAACGAAUUUGUAUUUUAUCCUGUACUCACAAAAAAAAAAAAAUAAAUAACUUUAUCUGUUCAUUUUUCAAAAAUUUGGAUGCUUUGUAAUAGAUAUUAUUCUAAAACUUUGAAUGUAUCAUACUUACCUAUCAAAUCAAUAGUUUCUUAUUAAUAGCCAUUUUAAUUUCUAGAUAAGGAGUUUGAAAACAAUCAUAUUUAACAAACUAUCACUUUACAUCAUCUGGAAUCACAAUCAGAAUAAAUUAAUAAUAAUAAUAAUAUUCGUAGGAACAUACGCAUAAUAACCGUGACCAAACAAUUAUAAAAAAAAUGGAAAUAAUUUUUAUCGGUUUUAUGAUUAGGUACUUCGCUGCGAAUAUUAUGAUGGGUUGGUAGGUGAGAAGUUGGAAAGGUAGAGGGGAAAAUUAAUGUACAUCUGUACACAAAGUUUAACCAUUGUUAUCGAAAAAUGAUUUUGAGCGGAGUUCGGUUAUUAGUGUUGCGCUUUGUCUACAUUAUACAUGUCAUAAUAUGAUAUGGUAAAAUAAUUACAUAUGUAUUAUAUAUUUUCUUUAAUAAUAUCUGUUUAGUAUUGUACCUAUUUCCCGUUUUUUUUUUUCAUAUUUUUUUCUAGUUUUUCCCGUUUAUUAUGAAAAUAGCUGAAAAAAUCAAAAGAUGACUUACCUAAAUUACCAUUCCAGUCAGAUUUUCUUCCAGAAAAAGUGCUAUAAUUGAAAAUCUGAUAAUUGCUGUCAGAAAAUUUAUUUGCAGAUAAAAAAGAAAAAAUUAACAUUGUAAAAGCAAUACAUUUCUCGCUCCACUCGAAAUCUAAAAUAUGUACGAUUUCAUAGGAAAUAAACGACCUAGGAGCGGAUCAGAACAAGAUAACGGAGGGGGGCGGGGUUGAAAAUUUAUUUAAGGUACGCAUUUAUGACGAGCUUAAUGAUGAAUCAAGCUAAGAGUAGGUAUAAUGCAGGUAAGAGUAUACUGGAGAACAAACAGUGACCGGGACGAUCGCCCCUCUCACCCCCUCUCAUAUCCAACCCUGAAACCACGAUUAAUGAUCAAAUGUUAAAUAAUAUGACUGUUUAUUAAUAAUUCAAAUGAAUGUCAUACUCUGUGUAUAACGAUAUUGUUUGUUGUCUUUUUUUCAAUAAAGGUAUUCGUUGAAUGGCAAACCGGGAUACGUAUCAGGUGGUUCUACAAUGAAUUCUACUCGGUCCAUGUCGACCAACAGCGACCAUUAUGCGAUAGUACACUCUCGACCCGGUAGCCGGUACUCGGGCACCGCCAAACACCAACAACCACACAUGAGAGGACCCCCAUCAAAUAUUGGAUCACAUUACUCAGGAAAAUUGUAA